AUGGUGGUGGAUGGUGUGUUGUUGGUUGUUGUUGGUUGGUGGAGUGGUGUUGUUUGUGGUGUUUUUGUUGUUGUUGGUGGUUUUGUGGUGGUGUUGUGUGGUGUGUGUUGUUGUGUGGGUGGUGUGUGGUGUUUGUGUGGUGGUGUUGUGUUGUUGGUUGGUGGUGUGUGUUGGUGGUGUGUGGUGUUGGUGGUGGUGUUGUGUGUGGUGGGUGGUGGUGGUGUGGUGGUGUUGUUGUUGGUGUGGUGGUGUUGUUGUGUUGGUGGUGGGUGUGUGUUGGUGGUGGUGGUGUUGUGGUGGUGGUGGUGUGUGUGUGUGGGGGUGUUGGUGGUGUGGGGGGUGGUGGGGUGGUGGUGGUGUGGUGGUUUGGUGGUGGGUGGUUGGUUGUGGUUGGGUGGUGGGUGUUGUUGGUGGUGUUGGUGGUGGUGGUUGUGGUGGUGGGUGUUGUUGUGUGGUGGGUGUGUGGGUGGUUUGUGGUGUGGUGUUUGUGGUGGUGGUGGUGUUGUGUUGUUGGUGGGUGUGGUGGUUGUUGGUUGUGGUGGUGGGUUGUUGUUGGUUGGUGGUGGUGUGUGUUGGGUGGUGGUGGUGUGUUGUGGUGGGGUGGUGUUGUUGUUGGUGGUGGUGGUGUGUGUUGUGGUGGUGGUUGUUGUUGUGGGUUGUUGUGUUGGUGGUGGUGGGUGUUGUUGUGUGGUGGGGUGGUGGUGUUGUUGGGGUUGGUGGUGGUGUGUGUUGUGUGGUUGUGGUGGGGUGUUGUUGUUGGUGGCCGGUGGUGUUGUUGUUGUUGGUGGCGGUCUUUUUUUUGGGUUGGGGGCGGGGGUUUUUUGUUUUUGGGUUUUGGCGGUGUUGUUGUUGUUGGUGGCGGUCUUGUUUUGUUUUUUGGUGGCGGUUUUUGUUUUUGGCGGUGUUGUUGUUUGUUGGUGGGGUGUUUUUUUGUUGGUGGCGGUUUUUUUUUUUUGGUUUUCUUUUUGUUUUUUUUUUGGGUGGGGUUUUUUUUUGUUUGGGGGUUUGUUGUUGGGUUUUUUGUUUUGUUUUUGUUGGGGGGCUGUUUUUUGUUGUUUUUUUGUUUGUUGUUUUCGUUGGGUGGUGGUUUUGUGGUGCCUGGGUUAUGUUUGGGUUUGGGGGGGGGUGUUACGUUUGGGCUCAGUGGUUUUGUUGUUGCUUUAACGUACUUCAGUGUCAAUUCUCAUCAUUCUAGAACACACAACAAAAACAUUCUAAGUAGAGUCCUACAAUUGGCUAAUAUACUGUGGUUGUCAUAUACUGCAUACUGUGAUUGUCAUAUACUGUAUGUUGUUGUUUUCAUCUAGAGGAAGAGCGCCAUGUGAGAGCCAAUGACAGGGACUACAAUGAUAAGUUCCCAUAUGCUGUAAGUGAGACACAAAGCACAUGGUAUCACAGUGUAUCUAUGAGACUGUCAUAUCCUUAGAUGUAGAUGAUCUUGACCAUUCUAAAAUUGUCCCCCCCCCCUCCCCUCCAAAGGACAAUCACAUCAAAACCUCCAAGUACAACGUCUUCACCUUCCUGCCCAUCAAUCUGUUCGAGCAGUUCCAGAGAGUGGCCAAUACAUACUUCUUAGUCCUGCUCAUAUUACAGGUAUGCAUCCGACAUCAUGGUGUGACAUAGUGUGCUUGUACAGAUUCCAUGAACGUAUCAUGCUUUAUACACAGAUCCCAUGAGCAUUUAAAAUUAAAUCACAUCAUUCUAUCUCAUGUAAAUUAAAUAUUUAAUGUCGUUCGUAAAAUGAUCUGACAGAUCUGAGCCCAUUCCAUCGUGCAUGUUGAAUGUACGUUAGUCAAUGAUCUGACAGAUCUGAGCCCAUUCCAUCGUGCAUGUUGAAUGUACGUUAGUCAAUGAUCUGACAGAUCUGAGCCCAUUCCAUCGUGCAUGUUGAAUGUACGUUAGUCAAUGAUGUGACAGAUCUGAGCCCAUUCCAUCGUGCAUGUUGAAUGUACGUUAGUCAAUGAUCUGACAGAUAUGAGCCCCAUUCCAUCGUGCAUGUUGAAUGUACGUUAGUCAAUGAUCUGACAGAUCUGAGCCCAUUCCAUCGUGCAUGUUGAAUGUACGUUAGUCAAUGAUCUGACAGAUCUGAGCCCAUUCCAUCGUGCAUGUUGAAUGUACGUUAGUCAAUGAUCUGACAGAUCUGAGCCCAUUCCAUCGUGCAUGUUGAAUGUACGUUAGUCAAUGAUCUGACAGAUCUAAGCCCAUUCCAUCGUGCAUGUUGAAUGUACGUUAGUCAAUGAUCUGACAGAUCUAAGCCCAUUCCAUCGUGCAUGUUGAAUGUACGUUAGUCAAUGAUCUGACAGAUCUAAGCCCAUUCCAUCGUGCAUGUUGAAUGUACGUUAGUCAAUGAUCUGACAGAUCUAAGCCCAUUCCAUCGUGCAUGUUGAAUGUACGUUAGUCAAUGAUCUGACAGAUCUAAGCCCAUUCCAUCGUGCAUGUUGAAUGUACGUUAGUCAAUGAUCUGACAGAUCUAAGCCCCAUUCCAUCGUGCAUGUUUGAAUGUACGUUAGUCAAUGAUCGACAGAUCUAAGCCCAUUCCAUCGUGCAUGUUGAAUGUACGUUAGUCAAUGAUCUGACAGAUCUAAGCCCAUUCCAUCGUGCAUGUUGAAUGUACGUUAGUCAAUGAUCUGACAGAUCUGAGCCCAUUCCAUCGUGCAUGUUGAAUGUACGUUAGUCAAUGAUCUGACAGAUCUGAGCCCAUUCCAUCGUGCAUGUUGAAUGUACGUUAGUCAAUGAUCUGACAGAUCUAAGCCCAUUCCAUCGUGCAUGUUGAAUGUACGUUAGUCCAAUGAUCUGACAGAUCUGAGCCCAUUCCAUCGUGCCAUGUUGAAUGUACGUUAGUCAAUGAUCUGACAGAUCUAAGCCCAUUCCAUCGUGCAUGUUGAAUGUACGUUAGUCAAUGAUCUGACAGAUCUAAAGCCCAUUCCAUCGUGCAUGUUGAAUGUACGUUAGUCAAUGAUCUGACAGAUCUAAGCCCAUUCCAUCGUGCAUGUUGAAUGUACGUUAGUCAAUGAUCUGACAGAUCUAAGCCCAUUCCAUCGUGCAUGUUGAAUGUACGUUAGUCAAUGAUCUGACAGAUCUAAGGCCCAUUCCAUCGUGCAUGUUGAAUGUACGUUAGUCAAUGAUCUGACAGAUCUAAGCCCAUUCCAUCGUGCAUGUUGAAUGUACGUUAGUCAAUGAUCUGACAGAUCUGAGCCCAUUCCAUCUUUGUCAGGCGUCAGUGUGUAGCGGUAGGACGGAGUCAGGCGCAGGACACAGAGCUAGUAGACAACGUUCUUUACUCGUAAAUAACAAAUGAACAUAAACUCCACGCAUGGAGGACAAUCCCGCUCACCAGUCGAUGACACCAAACAGAGAACAAACAGGCACACAACACAGUGGGAGCCAGAGGGUUAAAUAGGGAACAAAUCAUGGACAUAAUGGGAACCAGGUGUAUACAAUGAAGACAAAACAAGUAGAGCACUGAAACAUUGAUCGGUUGCAGCUAGUAAUCCUGUGACGACGAAUGCCGAAGCCUGCCCGAGCAAGGAGGAGGAGCAGCCUCGGCUGAAUCCGUGACAGUACCCCCGCCCCUUGACGCGCGCCGACACCGGCCUCGGGGACGGCCAGGAGGACGCGGUGCAGGGCGAGUCGGAUGACGAUGGUGGAAAUCCCUCAACAUGGAGGGAUCGAGGAUGUCCCUCCUAGGGACCCAGCACCGUUCCUCCGGACCGUACCCCUCCCACUCCACGAGAUACUGCAGACCCCCCACCCGACGCCUCGAAUCCAGGAUGGAACGGACCGAGUACUGCCGGUUGGCCCCCCUCGAUGUCCAGUGGGGGGGGUUGGGGGGGGGGGGGGGGGGAAAAAAAAGGGGGGGGGGGGGGGGUCCCCCAAACCCCCCCAAGGGGGUUUUUUUGGGGGGGGGGGGCCCCCGGGGGCAAUUUGUUGCUUUGGGGAAAGACCCCCCCGGGGCCCCGGGGGGGCUGGAAAGGGCCCCGGGUUUUUGGGCGGAAGCUUGGGGGUCUGGGUCUUUUGGGGUUUUUUCAAAUUUUUCCCUUUGUUUUUUGGGGUUUUAAUUUGGCCCUUUUUUAAAAAGGGUUUUGGGCCCCGGUUAAAAUUUUAAGGGGGUUAAAAAACCCCGGGGUUUUGCCCUCGGGCCCGGGGAAAAAAACCCCCCUUUUUUUUCCCCCCCCGCGGGGGGUUUUUCCCCCCCCUUUUCCCCCCCUUUUUUUUCCCUUUUUUUUCCCUUCCGGGUUUCCCGGGGCCCCCCCAGGCGCUGGGGGCCCGGGGGCCCCCCAACCCGGGGCCAAAAAAAAGAAUUUCCCCCUCCGGGCCGCCCCGGGCUUCCCCCUUUUUAAAACCCCUUUCCCCCCGGGGGGUAAUUUGAGUUUCCCCCCACCCAAAAACGGGCCCCUUUUUUUUUUGGGGGGGGGGGGGGGGGGGGGGGGGGGGGGGGGGGGGGGGGGGGGGGGGGGGGGGGGGGGGCCCCCCCCCCCCCCCCCCCCCCCCCUCGGCUUUUUUUUGGGGCAAUUCCUUACUUUGUUGGUUUUGUGGCAAAAACCCCGGGAGUGGUGGGAAUUUUGGGCCCGGCCCCUGACCUCCCGGUGGGGCGGGGCCCGGUAAGGCCCCCAAAAAUUGGGGGACCGAUCCUUUGGGGGCCGGGGCCCCCGGGAGAACCCCCCGAGGGGCGGCGGUCCCCGGGUUUGGGGGCCCCCCUUUGACGGGCAUGUUCCAGGGGGCGGAACCUCCGCCGAACCACUUCCCCAGACCCAAGGGCCUGAGGAAGACCAAGGAACCCGAAGGGUAACUAAGGGAAGUGUAAAAAAAACGGUUUUCUAAAACUUAAUGGCAACAAUCGGGGAACCCCUCCCCAAUUCCGAAGGGAAUCUCCGCCAGGGCCAGCCCCCCCCCGGGGAUCCCGGGCCAUCAGGGGCGGCGGGGGUUUUGGCCCCGAUCCCUAGCCCCCACUGGGAGCCGGGGGGCCCCCGCCAAAAACCUUUAACGGGAAAAGAAAGGAUUGCCCGAUCGUUGUAUUGUAAGGCCAAACACAAAAAAAAAGGUUUUGGAGAAAGGUGGUGAAGGGGGGGGGUUUUUGGCCAUCUUGGCCGGAUAAAACGGAAACUCUGCAUUCCCAGUGGCCAAACCCAAAAAAACCCCAACCCUGUUAAACCCCUUUCCAAAAAGGGGGGGAAAAGGGUUUAGGGAGGGGGAAAGAAAGGGUGCGUUGAGGGGGAAAGAAAAAACAUAAUGGGGGAAGGGGGAGGGGGGAAGACCCACCCCCAAAGCCGGGGGACCCGGGGAAGGGGAAAAAGAAAAAAACACCCCCAAAGGGGGAGGUUGCCCCGUCGGGGGGUGGAACGAAAAGAAGGUGAACAGCCGUUGGAACGGGGGUUUUAAACUUCCCCUUUAGGUGGUGCCUUAACCCUGGGACACCGUAGCAGGUAAUAAACCUCACCCUGGCAAGGUGUCCCUUUUUCCCAACCCCGGACCCGAAAAACCCCCAUUGGACAAGGGAAUGGUGACAGUUGAGCCCAAACGGGGAAAAUCCCACACAAUGGACUUGGCCCCUAAAUACCCUCUGAAAGGGGGGGGAGUGGGCUUUUUUCCCCCCGGGGAAAGCGGCAACCACCAGGGGCCUUCAAACAAACGAACCAAUUGGAGGUGGGUGCCUCCAUAGGGGGCCCUCCUCUUUAAGUCCCCAAAAGGCCGGUUAUGGUCCUUUUGGAAUUUGGUAAACAUGGGAAAAAAAACCCCACUUGGAAGGGCCCAUUCCUCCCGGGUAACUCCCCGCCGGGGGGUUAAAUUAGGCGGUUUUGCCCCUAAAAGGGUUUUCCGCUUUCAGAGCCUUAACCACAGCUAACAGCUCCUGGUCCCCCACAUCAUAGUUGCGCUCCGCCGGGCUGAGCUUCUUCGAAAAGAAAGCACAGGGGCGGAGCUUUGGUGCUUUGGUGGUGUACCCGAGCGCUGAGACAAUACAGCUCCUAUCCCAGCCUCGGCUGCGUCCACCUCAACCUGGAAUGCCAAGGAAGGAUCCGGAUGAGCCAACACUGGAGCCGAGGUAAACAGGUCCUUCGGGUGACCAAAAGUCCUGUCCUCCUCAGCUGACCACUGCAGUCGCACCGGUCCCCCCUUCAGUAAGGAGGUAAUGGGAGCCGCUACCUGACCAAAGCCCCGGAUAAACCUCCGGUAGUAGUUGGAAAAACCCUAAGAAUCGCUGCACCUCCUUAACCGUGGUUGGAGUCGGCCAAUUACGCACGCCGGAAAUGCGGUCAAUCUCCAUCUCCAUCCCUGACGCGGACAGGUGGUGCCCUAGGAAGGAGAUGGACUUUUAAAAGAACAGACAUUUCUCCACCUUGACGUACAGGUCAUGUUCCAACAGUCGACCAAGCACCUUGCGCACCAGGGACACAUGCUCGGCUCGUGUAGCGGAGUAUAUGAGAAUGUCAUCUAUAUACACCACUACACCCUGUCAGUGCAGGUCACUGAAAAUCUCAUCGACAAAGGAUUGAAAGACUGAUGGAGCAUUCAUCAACCCGUACGGCAUGGUACCAAGAUGUGGUACUAAAUGCCAUAGCAGCCGUCUCUUCCUGUGACAGAGGACACACGUGACUCCGGGGAAGUGCAGCGCCUACCUGGAGAUUUAUCGCACAAUCCCCCUGUCGAUGGGGUGGUGAUUGAGUCGCCUUCUUUUUACAGAAGGCGAGAGCCAAAUAGGCAUAUUCGGGGGGAAUGUGCAUAGUGGAGACCUGGUUUGGACUUUCCACCGUAGUUGCACCUAUGGAAACACCUACACACCUCCCUGAGCACUGACGUGACCAUCCCUUGAGAGCCCUCUGUUGCCAUGAAAUUGUGGGGUCAUGAGAGGUUAGUCAGGGAAGCCCCAACACCGCUGGAAACGCAGGAGCAUCAAUCAGAAAGAGACUAACUCUUUCCUCAUGCCCCUCCUGCGUUUUCAUCCAGAGUGGAGCUGUGACCUCCCUAAUCAGGCCUGACCCUAAAGGGUGACUAUCUAAGGCAUGUACAGGGAAGGGCACAUCAACAGGAACAUUAGGAAUCCCUAAACUACGGGAAAACUUACGAUCAAUAAAGUUCCCAGCUGCGCCUGAAUCUAUGAGCGCCUUAUGCUGGGAAUGUGGGGAAAACUCCGGAAAUUCGAUGUCAAUACACAUGUGCGCAACAGGGAGCUCUGGGUGAGUCGGGUGCCUACUCACCUGGGACGGUCCACCAGUGCUCUGCCUGCUGCCUCGACUCCCUGAGGACCCUCCCCAACACCGACCAGCAGUGUGUCCUCUGCGUCCACAGUUGGUGCAGGAGACGGCCCCCCUUCCGGUCUCCCUGAGAGCAGCACCUCCGAGCUCCAUCGGUGUAGGGUCGGAGGUGCUGGGGGAUGGAAUGGACGGCCCCUGAUCCGGACGUCCGCGGGUCGCCAACAGGUUAUCCAGCCUUAUCGACAUGUCCACCAGUUGUUCCAGGUUAAGGGUGGUGUCCCUGCAGGCCAGCUCCCGACGAACGUCCUCCCGUAGGUUGCAUCGGUAGUGGUCAAUCAAGGCCCUCUCAUUCCAUCCCGCGCUGGCAGCCAGGGUCCUGAAGUCCAGUGUGAAGUCCUGUGCGCUCCUCUUCCCCUGUCUGAGGUGGAACAGACGUUCUCCCGCCACUCUCCCCUCCGGUGGAUGAUCGAAUUCCGCCCGGAAGCGGCGGAUGAAAUCUUCAUAGCGCACUGACGGCGCGUCUAUUUCUCCCCACUCUGCGUUGGCCCACUCGAGCGCUCUCCCCGACAGACAGGAGAUGAGGGCGGACACGCUCUCGUAUCCCGAGGGAGCCGGGUGGAUGGUUGCCAGGUAGAGCUCUACCUGGAGCAGAAAACCCUGGCACCCGGCAACUGUACCAUCAUAUACCCUCGGGAGCGAGAGCCGAAUCCCACUGGACCCAGGUGACGAAGGGGUGGACAGCGGUGUGGGCUGCUGGGUAGUUGGAGGAGGUGUAGGAAAAAAAAACUCUCUCCCAUCGCUCCAUGGUGUUCAAAACGCGCUCCAUUGCGUUGCCGAGAGUCUGUAUCAUGGUCGCCUGCUGUUGGACGCGUUCCUCCACUGAUCCGGAAGGAAUGAAUGUACCUGCUGACUCCAUUUGAGGUCAGGCGUCAGUGUGCAGCGGACGGACGGAGUCAGGCGCAGGACACAGAGCUAGUAGACAACAUACUUUACUCGUAAAUAACAAAGGAACAUAAACUCCACGCAGGGAGGACAAUCCCGCUCACCAGUCGAUGACACCAAACAUAGAACAAACACGCACUCAACACAGUGGGAGCCAGAGGGUUAAAUAGGGAACAAAUCAUGGACAUAAUGGGAACCAGGUGUGUACAAUGAAGACAAAAACAAGUAGAGCACAGAAACAUAGAUCGGUAGCAGCUAGUAUUCCUGUGACGACGAACGCCGAAGCCUGCCCGAGCAAGGAGGAGGAGCAGCCUCGGCUGAAUCCGUGACAAUCGUGCAUGUUGAAUGUACGUUAGUCAAUGAUCUGACAGAUCUAAGCCCAUUCCAUCGUGCAUGUUGAACGUACGUUAGUCAAUGAUCUGACAGAUCUAAGCCCAUUCCAUGAAUGUACGUUAGUCCUACUCUUUAUUUCUCUUGAGACAGUCCUCCCAGUGACUGUACGCGUAGCCCUCUCUUCUGAGUUUGGACCUAGUAUCUAGGUGUGUAGCAGUACAAUUAGACCUUGUGGUCUGUAAAUAGGCAGCCCUGUGGAAUUGACUGUGUGGACUGUGUGGACCUAACCAUAAUACAUAGUGUAGUGCCUCCACCUAGUAGGUAAUAUACCCAUUAAGAAUAAAUGGUCUACCCACAAGGAAUUAUUAACCGGGCUGAUUGGCUGAAAGCUGUGGUAUAUCAGACAAUACCACACCUCCUCUGGCCUUAUUGCUUAAAUAUAACAUGACCACACAGUAUAUGAAACAACACAGUCAACUAUUCCUUUAAGGCGAGGCACCACAGGCUGAAAUGGAAUGUUUGCAACUGAUCCAUUUUUAGAUUUUUUGGGGUAUUUUGGUCCUUUAAUAUGUCAAAAACGUUCGGUUUUCUUUUGUUCAUCAUACUACCGUCAUGAACAUUUCAUGAAUUUUAACCACAUUCGAAUGGACAUCAAUCCAUAAUUUCAAAACUCACUACAUGUAAUCAUAUAUCAUUUAAAUGCCCAUUUCAUAGAGAAUGUUACAAACUGUACUAAACAUUUCCAUGACAUAGACUGACCAGAUGAAUCCAGGUGAAAGCUAUGAUCCCUUACUGAUGUCACCUGUUAAAUCCACUUCAAUCAGUGUAGAUGAAGGGGAGGAGACAGGUUAAAGGAUGAUUUUUAAGCCUUGAGCACCGUUUUGAGUCAAGAACUGCAACGCUGCUGGGUUUUUUACGCUCAACAGUUUCCUGUGUGUAUCAAGAAUGGUCCACCACCCAAAGGACAUCCAGCCAACUUGACACAACUGUGGGAAGGAGUGGAGUCAACAUGGGCCAGCAUCAACAUGAGAAGGCUUUCGACACCUUGUAGAGUCCAAGCCCUGACGAAUUGAGGCUGUUCUGAGGGCAAAAGGUGGUGCAAGAUAUUAAGGCAGACUUCAUCCAGUGUCCAGAAAAAUGUAUUUGCUUUAUAUGCAAUAAAAUAACAACAGCACAUACUGAAUUUCAUGAGAUAUCGCCUCAUUUGCAUAUUUCAAUACAAUAUUUCAGAAAGUUGUAAUACAAAAAAAGUAUUAGAUUGGUGUCUAUAUUCAACUGGUAAAAGUUAAUUGUGAUAUGAUUAAGUGGGGGAAAUCUGCAUAUUGGGGUGUGGCGCCUUGCCUUAACUAAACAACAACAAAGUAAAGUUAUGAAAUAUUAUUAAACUCAAUUUAGUUUCAAUAAACAACUCAAGUUGAACACAUGUUAUAAACCAACAAUUAUUAUAUUAUUAUGUAAUUAUUAUACCCUUGGUAUCACUACAGUGCCUUCGGAAAGUAUUCAGACCACUUGGCUUUUUCCACAUUUUGUUAGGUUACAGCCUUAUUAUAAAAUUGAUUAAAUUGUAUUUUUUUCCUCAUCAAUCUACACACAAUACCCCAUAAUGACAAAGCAAAAACAGGAUUGUAGAAAUGUUUGCAAAUUGUUUAUAAAAAAAAUUCCCCGGAAAUAUUACAUUUCCAUAACUAUUCAGACCCUUCACUAAGUACUUUGUUGAAGCACCUUUGGCAGCGAUUACAGCCUCAAGUCUUCUUGGGCGUGACGCUACAAGCUUGGCACACCUGUAUUUGGGGAGUUUCUCCCAUUCUUCUCUGCAGAUCCUCUCAAAUCAAAUCAAAUCAAAUCAAAUUGUAUUUGUCACAUGCGCAGAAUACAACAGGUGUAGACCUUACAGUGAAAUGCUUACUUACAAGCCCUUAACCAACAAUGCAGUUUUAAGAAAAAAUAAGUGUUAAGAAAGUAUUUACUACAUAAACUGAAGUAAACAAUAAAUAAAUAUAAAUACAAAUGCUCUUCAGUACGGUACAUUCCACUGCCAUUGUUUGUCUAUGGAGAUUGCAUGGCUACGUGCUCUUUUUUACACACCUGUCAGCAACGGGGUGCAGCUGAAAUAGCCGAAUCCACUGACUUGAAGGGGUGUCCACACACAUGUAUGUCCCACAUGCAAACACAGUGAACAAUACAGUCCGUGCUAGAAAAAGCUCAAAGUAACCAGGGGGUUUACAUAGCUACGGAUAUGAUGUAAACAUAUGGCUCCGUGUUCUCCUGUUCGUAGUUGAUCCCUGAGAUCUCCUCCCUGUCCUGGGUCACGACCACCGUGCCUCUGGUCCUGGUGCUGGUGAUCACUGCAGUCAAAGAUGCCACUGACGACUAUGUGAGUUAGCUGUCCAGUUGCUAUACCUAUUGAAUGAUUGAAUGAAUGAAUGAUUGAAUGAAUUAUUUAAUUAAUUUGAUGAUUAAAAAUGUAUAUAUAUACAGCCAAGAAAAAAGUAGUACAGUUACACUCAUUUGAUUUACAUUUUAAGUCAUUUAGCAGAAGCUCUUAUCCAGAGCGACUUACAGGAGCAAUUAGGGUUAAGUGCCUUGCUCAAGGGCACAUCGACUGAUUUUUCACCUAGUCAACUCGGGGGUUCAAACCAGCGACCUUUCGGUUACUGGCCCAAUGCUCUUAAACGCUAAGCUACCUGCCACCCAUUAGCCUUUCACAUUGAUAUACAUGUACACUACCAGUCAAAAGUUUGGACACACCUACUCAUUCAAGGGUUUUUCUUUAUUUUUACUAUUUUCAACAUUGUAGAAUAAUAUUGAAGACAUCAAAACUAUGAAAUAACACAAAUUAAAUCAUGUAGUAAACAAAACAGUGUUAAACAAAUCAAAAUAUAUUUUAUAUUUGAGAUUUUUCAAAUAGCCACCCUUUGCCUUGAUGACAGCUUUGCACACUCUUGUCAUUCUCUCAACCAGCUUCACCUGGAAUGCUUUUCCAACAGUCUUGAAGGAGUUCCCACAUAUGCUGAGCACUUGUUGGCUGCUUUUCCUUCACUCUGCCGUCCGACUCAUCCCAAACCAUCUCAAUUGGGUUGAGGUUGGGGAAUUGGGGAGGCCAGGUCAUCUGAUGCAGCACUCCAUCACUCUCCUUCUUGGUCAAAUAGCCCUUACACAGCCUGGAUGUGUGUUGGGUCAUUGACCUGUUGAAAAACAAAUGAUAGUCCCACUAAGCCCAAACCAGAUGGGAUGGCGUGGGGCUGCAGAAUGCUGUGGGAGCCAUGCUGGUUAAGUGUGCCUUGAAUUCUAAAUAAAUCACAGACAGUGUCACCAGCAAAGCACCCCCACACCAUAACACCUCCUCCUCCAUGCUUUACGGUGGGAAAUAAACAUACAGAGAUCAUCCAUUCACCCACACUGAAUCUCACAAAGAAAACAAAUUUGGACUCCAGACCAAAGGACACAUUUCCACCGGUCUAAUGUCCAUUGCUCGUGUUUCUUGGCCAAGUCUCUUCUUAUUAUUGGUGUCCUUUAGUAGUGGUUUCUUUGCAGCAAUUCGACCAUGAAGGCCUGAUUCACACAGUCUCCUCUGAACAGUUGAUGUUGAGGUGUCUGUUACUUGAACUCUGUGAAGCAUUUAUUUGGGCUGCAAUUUCAGAGGCUGGUAACUCUAAUGAACUUAUCCUCUGCAGCAGAGGUAACUCUGGGUCUUCCAUUCCUGGUGCGGUCCUUAUGAGAGACAGUUUCAUCAUAGCGCUUGAUGGUUUUUGUGACUGCACUUGAAGAAACCUUUAAAGUUCUUGAAAUGUUCCGUAUUGACUGACUUUCAUGUCUUAAAGUAAUGAUGGACUGUCGUUUCUCUUUGCUUAUUUGAUCUGUUCUUGCCAUAAAAUGGACUUGGUAUUUUACCAAAUAGGGCUAUAAUCUGUAUACCCCCCCUACCUUGUCACAACACAACUGAUUGGCUCAGACACAUUAAGAAGGAAAAAAAUCCACAAAUUAACUUUUAAGAAGGCACACCUGUUAAUUGAAAUGCAUUCCAGGUGACUACCUCAUGCAGCUGGUUGAGAGAAUGCCAAGAGUGUGCAAAGCUGUCAUCAAGGCAAAGGGUGGCUAUUUGAAGAAUCUCAAAUAUAAAAUAUAUUUUGAUUUGUUUAACACUUUUUUUUUGGUUACUACAUGAUUCCAUAUGUGUUAUUUCAUAGUUUUGAUGUAUUCACUAUUAUUCUACAAUGUAGAAAAUAGUUUUAAAAAAUAAAGAAAAACCCUGGAAUGAGUAGGUGUGUCCAAACUUUUGACUGGUACUGUAUAUGUACAUCUAUUAUCAGCUAUUGGCAGUGCAUGACCAUUGUAAAAUACAUCUUCUCUAUUUCAGUUCAGGUAUAAAAGCGAUCAACAGGUCAACAAUCGUCAGUCUCAGGUACUCAGGGGAAAGUAAGUAUGAAUCCUCAAUGAACACUAUGGACCUUUAAUGUGAACAUUGAUUGUGCAAAUAGCAAACUUUUUUUUGUACCUUCAAAAUUGCACAAAAGAGAUGAAGACCUUUCUUUGAACAGGAUAGAUUUUAUGCUUUUGUGCUUAUGAUAAUCACCAUUAUGUCUGUUCUAUUGAGAAAAGACUGUGUAUCUGUCUCAGUCUACAGAAUGAGAAGUGGAUGAACGUAUGUGUGGGAGAUAUCGUCAAGCUGGAAAACAAUCAGUUUGUGGCAGUGAGUCAUUUUCUUUCAAUUUCACACUUAGAUGCUCCCAUAAACUCAUGAAUAACAUCCACGUCAUUCCUUGCAACGAGGGCUAUUCCUCUACUGUACCUGUAAUGGUCUACUGUGAAGCAGCGGUGCAGAGAUUGGUCUACUCCCUGCUGCCUGCCAGUAAUGCCCUCUCCCUCCUCUCCUACAGGCUGACACACUACUGCUCUCCAGUAGUGAACCAUAUGGACUGUGUUACAUAGAGACAGCUGAGCUAGACGGGUAAAGAUGCUGCAUGUAUUUGCUUCUGCGAGGCUGGGGAAACUGAAUAAUACAUUUUAAGGGGGGGGGGGGGGCUGGUUCGAAAGAGGGCUAUCUGUGUCACAGUGUUUCAGCAGUGGUUUUUACACUCUGAGCAUCAUCAGGAAAUAAGACAGUUGCUGAUGGUUGAGGAUUUGUCCCAGUUUACCGUAGCAGUUCUGUGAACUGGUUUGUUUGAGCCAACUCUAGUAUACUACAGUACAUGAAUGAGUCACCUUGAACCACAAACAGCUCUCUGGUCUGUUUGCGCUCUCACCACUGACCACUAUCUACCCUUGUUUAAAUGUUUCAGUUGCAACUUGCACUUUAUGUGUGGGAACCCCCCCAACCAAAAAAAAAAUACUUUUUUUUUUAGUGUGUGCUUUUUUUUGCCAUGGGGCAGAGAGGGAAAAUUGUAGUUUUAUAGCUAAUCACAUGCUAUUGUACACAUUUUGCUAUGAGACUGAAAGACAAUGUUGCUGUUUUAAAGCUCAGGUAUUCUUGAAAGACCGGACAAUCAACUUUUUUCCCACAAAUAUUUGUCUUAAUAUUAACAAAAUGUGAAAUAUACUCUACCGCUCAAAUGUUUUAGAACACCUACUCAUUCAAGGGGUUUUCUUUAUUUGUUACUAUUUACUACAUUGUAGAAUAAUAGUGAAUACAUCAAACCUAUGAAAUAACACAGAUGGAAUCAUGUAGUAACCAAAACAGUGUUAAACAAAUCAAAAUAUAUUUUAGAUUUUAGAUUCUUCAAAUAGCCACCCUUUGCCUUGAUGACAGCUUUGCACACUCUUGGCAUUCUCUCAACCAGUCACAAAAACCAUCAAGCGCUAUGAUGAAACUGUCUCUCAUGAGGACCGCCACAGGAAUGGAAGACCCAGAGUUACCUCUGCUGCAGAGGAUAAGUUCAUUAGAGUUAACAGCCUCAGAAAUGGCAGCCCAAAUUAAUGCUUCACAGAGUUCAAGUAACAGACACAUCUCAACAUCAACUGUUCAGAGGAGACUGUGUGAAUCAGGUCUUCAUGGUCGAAUUGCUGCAAGGAAACCACUACUAAAAGGACACCAAUAAGAAGAAGAGACCUGCUUGGGCCAAGAAACACUAGCAAUGGACAUUAGACUCAGUUGGUAUAGCAUGGCGCUUGCAACGCCAGGGUUGUGGGUUCGAUUCCCACGGGGGGCCAGUAUGAAAUAAAUGUAUGAAAAAAUGUAUGCACUCACUAACUGUAAGUCGCUCUGGAUAAGAGCGUCUGCUAAAUGACUAAAAUGUAAAUGAGUCCAAAUUGGAGAUUUUUGGUUCCAACCGCCGUGCGCGGUUGAUUCUAUUAUUGACUUACCUUUAUCUAGAAUCUAGAAUCUCCAGUUGAAACUAGCUAGCCAGCUAACUAGCUACUUGCUAUUAGCCACAGCUAGCGGUGUUUCACCCAGAACAUUGGAUUUUUUUUUCUGCGGGAUUAAUUUUAAUCACUGGACAUUGAUCACCGGAUAUUCGGCCAGUCUGCACAGCGCGUUAUCGACCCAGAACAUAUCAGUUUUUCCGCCGGAAUCACUGAAUCACUGGACCUUUAACUCCGGAUUCGUCGCUACCAGCUAGCUACAACAAAACGGACGCUGUGGUCUGGCUAAUCAUCAUCCUGAGCUAGGCCCAUCUCCCGGCUAUCUACCUCUCUGUCAACCGGACGGGACCACCUAGUGUUGACACGGAGCCCCGCCGAUCCUACACGACUGGUCUGCCGACGAAAUCGUCUGAUGUGGUUACGACGUUAACCACGAAGAUUCCAUCCAUCUGCUAGCCCUGGCCCGCUAGCACACGCUAGCCGUGGCCUCCUACUCACUAGUACUUCACCACCGGACCUUAUGAUAACUCAGCUAUACAGCUGAUAUCUGCUGGACUGUUCCUUUUUACGGUACUACAUCCUGUUUAUGUUUAGCCUCAGCCCAAACAUGGUUAGUUUAUUGUUGUUUCGGUUAUUUCUAAUUGUACUAUAUCACUGUAGACCCCCCAGCCUAGCUAAACCUGCAUUAGAUAGCUCCUUUGCCCCUCCCCCAAUACACGCGGAGACCGACUCAAUUGAUGCCUCCAGCGAUGCUAUCUCUUUCAUUGUUACCCAACGCUUAGGUUUACCUCCACUUUACUCAUAUCCUUCCAUAUCCUUGUCUGUACAUAAUGCCCUGAAUCUUUUCUAUAACACCCGGAAAUCUGCCCCCUUUAUUCUAUGUACCCAACGCACUAGAAGACCAGUUCUUAAAGCCUUUAGCCGUAUCCUUAUUCUAGUCCUCCUCUGUUCCUCUGGUGAUGUAGAGGCUAACCCAGGCCCUGCAGCCCUCAGUAUCACUCCUACUCCCCAGGCGCUAUCAUUUGAUGACUUCUGUAAUCGCAAAAGUCUUGGUUUCUUGCACAUAAAUAUCAGAAGUCUACUUCCUAAGUUUGAGUUAUUCACUGCGUUAGCACACUCUGCCAACCCUGAUGUUCUAGCAGUGUCUGAAUCCUGGCUCAGGAAGGCCACCAAAAAUUCUGAAAUGUCCAUCCCCAACUAUAACAUUUUCCGUCUAGAUAGAACUGCCAAAGGGGGUGGAGUUGCAAUCUACUGUAGAGAUAGCCUGCAGAGCUCUAUCAUACUAUCCAGGUCUGUGCCCAAACAGUUUGAGCUUCUACUUCUAAAAAUCCACCUUUCCAGAAAUAAGUCUCUCACUGUUGCCGCUUGCUACAGACCCCCCUCAGCCCCCAGCUGUGCCCUGGACACCAUAUGUGAAUUGAUUGCCCCCCAUUUAUCCUCAGAGUUUGUACUGCUUGGUGACCUAAAUUGGGAUAUGCUUAAUACCCCAGCCAUCCUACAAUCCAAGCUAGAUGCCCUCAACCUCACGCAAAUUAUCAACGAACCUACCAGGUACAACCCUAAAUCCGUAAACAUGGGUACCCUCAUAGAUAUCAUCCUGACUAACAUACCCUCUAAAUACACCUCAGCUGUCUUCAACCAGGAUCUCAGCGAUCACUGCCUUAUUGCCUGCGUCCGUAACGGUUCCGCGGUCAAACGACCACCCAUCAUCACUGUCAAACGCUCCCUAAAAAACUUUAGCGAGGAGGCCUUCCUAAUUGACCUGGCCCAGGUAUCCUGGAUGGAUAUAGAUCUCAUUCCGUCAGUAGAGGAUGCCUGGUUGUUCCUUAAAAGUAAUUUCCUCUCAAUCUUAAAUAAACAUGCCCCAUUCAAAAAAUACAGAACUAAGAACCGAUAUAGCCCCUGGUUCUCCUCAGACUUGACUGCCCUUGACCAGCACAAAAACAUCCUGUGGCGUACAGCAUUAGCAUCAAAUAGCCCCCGCGAUAUGCAACUUUUCAGGGAAGUUAGGAACCAAUAUACACAAGCAGUCAGGAAAGCAAAGGCUAACUUUUUCAAACAGAAAUUUGCAUCCUGUAGCACUAACUCCAAAAAGUUUUGGGACACUGUAAAGUCCAUGGAGAAUAAGAGCACUUCCUCCCAGCUGCCCACUGCACUGAGGCUAGGAAACACUAUCACCACCGAUAAAUCUACAAUAAUCGAGAAUUUCAACAAGCAUUUUGCUACAGCUGGCCAUGCUUUCCAUCUGGCUACCACUAACCCGGCCACCAACUCUGCACCCUCUGCUGCAACUUGCCCAUGCCCCCCCCCCCGCUUCUCCUUCACACAAAUUCAGACAGCUGAUGUUUUGAAAGCGCUGCAAAAUCUGGACCCCUACAAAUCAGCUGGGCUAGACAAUCUGGACCCUUUCUUUCUAAAACUAGCCGCCGAAAUUGUCGCUACCCCUAUUACUAGUCUGUUCAACCUCUCUUUCAUAACGUCUGAGAUCCCCAGAGAUUGGAAAGCUGCCGCGGUCAUCCCCCUCUUCAAAGGGGGUGACACUCUAGAUCCAAACUGCUACAGACCUAUAUCCAUCCUGCCCUGCCUUUCGAAAGUAUUCGAAAGCCAAGUUAACAAACAGAUCAUCGACCAUUUCGAAUACCACCGUACCUUCUCCGCUAUGCAAUCCGGUUUCCGAGCUGGUCACGGGUGCACUUCAGCCACGCUCAAGGUCCUAAACGAUAUUAUAACCGCGAUUGAUAAUAGACAGUACUGUGCAGCCGUCUUCAUCGACCUGGCCAAGGCUUUUGACUCUGUCAACCACCGCAUUCUUAUUGGCAGACUAAAUAGCCUUGGUUUCUCAAAUGACUGCCUCGCCUGGUUCACCAACUACUUCUCAGAUAGAGUUCAGUGUGUCAAAUCGGAGGGCCUGUUGUCUGGACCUAUGGCAGUCUCUAUGGGGGUGCCACAGGGUUCAAUUCUUGGGCCGACACUUUUCUCCGUGUAUAUCAAUGAUGUCGCUCUUGCUGCUGGUGACUCUCAGAUCCACCUCUACGCAGACGACACCAUUUUGUAUACAUCUGGCCCUUCAUUGGACACUGUGUUAACAAACCUCCAAACGAGCUUCAAUGCCAUACAACAAUCCUUCAGUAGCCUCCAACUGCUCUUAAACACUAGUAAAACUAAAUGCAUGCUUUUCAAUCGAACGCUGCUGGCACCCGCCCACCCGACUAGAAUCACCACUCUCGACGGGUCUGACCUAGAGUAUGUGGACAACUACAAAUACCUAGGUGUCUGGUUAGACUGUAAACUCAACUUCCAGACUCACAUAAAGAAUCUCCAAUCCAAAGUUAAAUCUAGAAUCGGCUUCCUAUUUCGCAAUAAAGCCUCCUUCACUCAUGCUGCCAAACAUGCCCUCGUAAAACUGACUAUCCUACCGAUCCUUGACUUCGGCGAUGUAAUUUACAAAAUAGCCUCCAACACUCUACUCAGCAAAUUGGAUGUAGUCUAUCACAGUGCCAUCCGUUUUGUCUCCAAAGCCCCAUACACUACCCACCACUGUGACCUGUACGCUCUUGUUGGCUGGUUCUCACUACAUGUUCGUCGUCAAACCCACUGGCUCCAGGCCAUCUAUAAAUCACUGCUAGGCAAAUCCACGCCUUAUCUUAGCUCAUUGGUCACCAUAGCAGCACCCACCCGUAGUCUACGCUCCAGCAGGUAUAUCUCACUGGUCAUUCCCAAAGCCAACACCUCCUUUGGCCGCCAUUCCUUCCAGUUCUCUGCUGCCAAUGACUGGAACGAAUUGCAAAAAUCUCUGAAGCUGGAGACUCUUAUCUCCUUCAAUAACUUUAAGCAUCAGUUGUCAGAGCACCUUACCGAUCACUGCACCUGUACACAGCCCAUCUGAAAUUAGCCCACCCAACUACCUCAUCCCUAUAUUGUUAUUCAUUUUGCUCUUUUGCACCCCAGUAUCUCUAUUUGCACAUAAUCUCUUGCACAUCUAGCAUUCCAGUGUUAAUACUAUUGUAAUUAUUCUGCACUAUAGCCUAUUUAUUGCCUUACCUCCAUAACUUGCUACAUUUGCACACACUGUAUAUAUAUUUUCUGUUGUAUUUCUGACUUUAUGUUUUUUACCCCAUAUGUAACUCUGUGUUGUUUUUAUUGCACUACUUUGCUUUAUCUUGGCCAGGUCGCAGUUGUAAAUGAGAACCUGUUCUCAACUGGCUUACCUGGUUAAAUAAAGGUGAAAUAAAAAAAUAAAAAAUAAAGUGCCUUUGUGAGACACGGUUUGGGUGAACGGAUGAUCUCUGCAUGUGUAUUUCCCACCGUAAAGCAUGGAGGAGGAGGUGUUAUGGUGUGGGGGUGCUUUGCUGGUGACACUGUGAUUUAUUUAGAAUUCAAGGCACACUUAACCUGCAUGGCUACCACAGCAUUCUGCAGCGAUACACCAUCCCAUCUGGUUCGUGCUUAGUUGGACUAUCAUUUGUUUUUCAACAGGACAAUGACCCAACACACCUCCAGGCUGUGUAAGGGCUAUUUGACCAAGAAGGAGAGUGAUGGAGUGCUGCAUCAGUUGACCUGGCCUCCACAAUCCCCCGACCUCAACCCAAUUGAGAUGGUUUGGGAUGAGUCAGACCGCAGAGUGAAGGAAAAGCAGCCAACAAGUGCUCAGCAUAAGUGGGAACUGUUGGAAAAGCAUUCCAAGUGAAGCUGGUUGAGAGAAUGCCAAGAGUGUGCAAAGCUGUCAAGGCAAAGGGUGGCUACUUUGAAGAAUCUAAAAUCUAAAAUAUAUUUUGAUUUGUUUAACACUGUUUUGUUUACUACAUGAUUCCAUAUGUGUUAUUUCAUAGUUGUGAUGUCUUCACUAUUAUUCUACAAUGUAGAAAAUAGUAAAAAUAAAGAAAAACCCUUGAAUGAGUAGGUAUUCUAAAACCUUUGACCGGUAGUGUAUAUUUUGAUGGACCAAAGUAUAAGCCAUCACACCAUGUAAAGGAACAAACUCCUACUUAUCAUUUUUUUCUUCAUAAAAUACAACUACUUGUAUUCAUGUAAACUCCAUCAGAAACCAUAAAAGGCAUUUCAUUUUUACAAUUAUUGUCCAACAAGUGUUAAAAGGCCUUGAUCGUAUAAUUCUAACAUUAGAUUAUUCAAAUAUGUAAUACAAAUCUCAACUUCUUUUUGUUUGGUUUUAUAGUACUAUUAAAAUAUAUAGUACACAUUUUUGUAACGUGUACGCUGGGAGUCGGGAAGCAAGUACAGGAAGUGAAUUUAAUAAUAAAUGAAACAUGGAACAAAACAAGAAACACGAGUAGCGUCCAAACAUGAAACACAUUUAGAACAUAAAACAACAUUUAUAAAGCAAUCAUUAUCCCUUAAGUCUAUCACAGCAAAUACUUCAAUUAUUUAAGCAUACAGUGCCUUCAGAAAGUAUUCACACCCCUUGACUUUUUCCACAUUCUGUUACGUUACAACCUGAGUUUAAAAUGGAUUAAAUGUAGAUGUUGUGUCACUGGCCUACACACAAUACCCCAUAAUGUCAAAGUGGAAUGAUGUUUUCAGAUUUUUUUUUUCAAAAUCGUUAAAAAUGAAAAGCUGAAAUGUCUUGAGUCAAUAAGUAUUCAACCCCUUUGUUAUGGCAAGCCUAAAUAAGUUCAGGAGUAAACAUUUGCUUAACAAGUCACAUAAUACAUUACAUGGACUCACUCUGUGUGCAAUAAUAGUGUUUAACAUAAUUUUUGAAUGGCUACUUAUUCUCUGUACCCCACACAUAAAAUUAUCUGUAAAGUUCCUCAGUCGAGCAGUGAAUUUCAAACACAGAUUCAACCACAAAGACCAAGGAGGUUUUCCAAUGCCUCGAUAAGAAGGGACUUAUUGGUAGAUGAGUCAAAAUAAAAAAAAGCGGACAUUGAACAUCCCUUUGAGCAUGGUGAAGUUAUGAAUUACUCUUUGGAUGGUCUAUCAAUACACCCAGUCACUACAAAGAUACAGGCGUCCUUCCUAACUCAGUUGUCGGAGAGGAAGGAAACCACUCAGGGAUUUCACCAUGAGGCCAAUGGUGACCUUAAAACAGUUACAGAGUUUAAUGGGUGUGAUAGGAGAAAAUUAAGGAUGGAUCAACAACAUUGUAGUUAAUCCACAAUACUAACCUAGAUGACAGAGUGAAAAGAAGGGAGCCUGUGCAGAAUAACAAUAUUCCAAAACAUGCAACCUGUUUGCAAUAAGGCACUAAAGUAAAACUUUAUCAUGUUAUGGGUAUGCUUGUCAUCAGCAAGGACUAAGGAUUUUUUUUUAGGAUAGAAAGAAACAGAAUAGAGCUGUGCACAGCCAAAAUCCAAGAGGAAAACCUGGUUCAGUCUGCUUUCCAACAGACACUGGGAGAUAAAAUCACCUUUCAGGCAGGACAAAAACCUAAAACACAAGGCCAAAUAUACACUGGAGUAGCUUACCUAGACAUUGAAUGUUCCUGAGUGGCCUAGUUACAAUUUUGAUCUGCUUGAAAAUCUAGAAUUUUAAAAAGAAUAAUGUGCAAACAUUGUACAAUCCAGGUGUGGAAAGCUCUUAGAGACUUACCCAGAAAGACUCUCAGCUGUAAUCACUGCCAAAGUUGAUUCUAACAUGUAUUUUCUCAGGGGUGUGAAUACUUAUGUAAAUUAGAUAUUUCUGUUUUUCAUUUUCAAUACAUUUGCAAAAAUGUCUAACAUGUUUUCACUUUCUCAUUAUGGGGUGUUGUGUGGAGAUUGGUGAGAAAAAUAGUCUAUUUAAUCCAUUUUGAAUUCAGGCUGUAACACAACAAAACAUGUAAUAAGUCAAAGGGCAUGAAUACUUUCUGAAGGCACUGUAUGUUGCAGAACAGUGAUUACAAUAUUUUGUAUGUUUUCAUAUUUUUGACUUUUUGGGAGAGUUUGAAAUUGGGAUCCUUUGCUCCGGACAAGGGCAUUUCCAGGCAUAGAGCCAACAUGGAAAUGACUAGUACUUAGAAAAUUCCCCCCCAAAAUAUUUUCCCUUAUGAAAUUCCCCUAAAUUUAAAUUUAAGCUCAAAUAAUGCAAUAAAAUCAUCUUUAUUUUUUUUAUGUCCUUGCCGGACAAGGAUGUCCCGACUUUCAAGAAUCUCUGAGCUAAUUUCCUGCUAUUCUACACAUUUUGCCAUGAGGCUGAGUGAAAAUGUUGUAGUUUUAAAGCUAAUUUCCAGUCAUUCAAAACCUGUUUUACAUGGCUUAUGAUGUGUGGUACUUCCGCCAGUGGUACUUCCUGGUACUUCAACAAUGUUUGUAACUAACAGUGCCCGUGCAGUGCUUGUUUCAUUGAAUCCUAAAGAAACAAACAAACAAGUAAUUCAUAAGUUAUUACUGUGUAAUAGCAUUUUACCAUGUACUUUCUAAGCAAAUACAUGGUUAACUUAUUCCUGUACUGUAAAAUAAAAUACCAAUGUUUCUGCCACAGAGAGACCAACCUGAAGGUUCGCCAGGCUUUGACUGUGACCUCGGACUUGGGAGCAGACAUAGCAAAGCUGGCUGACUUUAAUGGUACAGUAUAUCAACUCAUACUGCAUUCUGUGUGUAUUAAAACUAGACCUCUGUAGUUUAUAUCACGUUACCUUGGCUCUCUUUUCUUGGUAUUUGACCUUGGGUAGUCUGGUUGUUGCUAUGACGAACUCGGGGGGGGGUAAUUUUGUCUGAUACUUGAGUGUCUAUUUGGAGGCUGUCCAUUUUGAGGCAAGUGGAACGGCUGUUUCCAUGGUUCAUGACGUCUCACCGUUGUGCUGUUUUGCUCUCCUGUGGAAUUACUGAUCUGGAGACAGAGCUGGUCAGUAACGAGUGGAAAUGAAGGCAUAGUGUUAGUGUAUGUUGUGUCGGGGAGGAUUUUAUGUUUACAUCAUAGUCUUACAUAUAUUUGACUUUCUUUAGGUCUGUCUGUGUUCAUACUAUAUGCCUAUGUACAAAUGUGUGAAAUGAUGUCGCUUUUUCCCUUUUAUGUAGUUUAUUUAUUUUAUUUGUAUUUUUUUUGCAACGUAGGAGGCCCAGGUUGAAAUCCCUGUUGGGGUUGUAUUGACACUGACAAUACAACAUAACCCCACGUAAAGCGCCCAGCAGACAGAGCAACAGACAAGAGUAAACACCUUGCUGCCUGCUGACUGACUGGCUUCCUGUUGUGAACGUGAACAGCAUAGAAAUAAAAAUAACUAGAACGGGGGUCAUUCCGAAUUCAAGUCAACAUUCUGUUACGGCUUUACCCAUUCUAGUCAUUAUAAUUCUAUGUUAAGACAUCUUGCUGCUGCCUGCUGUGCUGACUGCCUGGCUUCCUGUGGUGAAUCUGUGUCAACUGUUUUCCCACUCAGGAGAAGUCAUCUGUGAGCCUCCCAACAACAAGCUGGAUAGGUUCACAGGUACUCUGUACUGGAGAGAUAACAAGUACCCUCUGGAUAACGAAAAGAUGCUGCUUAGAGGCUGUGUGCUCCGGAACACGGACUGGUGCUUCGGAAUGGUCAUCUUUGCUGGUAUGAAUGUAAUGAACAGUCUUGAUGUACAGCAUUCAUAUUAUGAAGUCAUCAAUUAUCAGUCAAAAUUCUGAUGACUUCCUAAUAUGGAUGCCGUGUUUCUUGGUGUUUUGUUGUCAGGGAUUUCACCGUGUCUGGCUGGCUACAUGCAUAUAUCUUAUUCGACGAGAGAGUAUUUCGAGAGUCUCGUUUGUAAUCAAAUGGGAAAACACAAUGUAGCACAGGGUUGCUGUAUGUCAAUUGGCCCAGCGUCGUCCGGGUUUGGCCGGGGUACGCCGUCAUUGUAAAUAAGAAUUUGUUCUUAACUGACUUGCCUGGUUAAAUAAAAUAAAAUAAAUAAAAGUAGCUUCUCUCCUCAUGAUUGUCCUCCUCUAUGUGAUGUGUGAUUCCCUGCCCCUCUAGGGCUGCAAACCAAACUGAUGCAGAACUGUGGGAGGACUAAAUUCAAAAGGACCAGCAUUGAUAAACUGAUGAACACUUUAGUUUUAUGGGUGAGCACUUUUUCUACAUCCUGUGAAGUGCUCAAAAAAGAACAUUGCCUUUUUGAUGGUAAAAAAAAAGGUCCAUGUUGCGACUGGCUCAACCUUUGUGCAUCCAACAUAUCAACGUUAAGUUCGAACUGUUUAUGAAACAUUGUUGAUACUGAAUACCAACUUGCUGAUCUCUACCUCCAGAUAUUUGGCUUCCUAGUCUGCAUGGGUGUGAUCCUGGCCAUUGGCAACACCAUCUGGGAGCAGAAGGUUGGGAGGAGCUUCAGUGUCUACCUCCUGUGGGAUGAACCAAUCAGAAACAACAACGUGGUGUUCUCUGGGUUCCUCACCUUCUGGUCUUACAUCAUCAUCCUCAACACAAUGGUGCCCAUCUCUCUUUACCUCAGGUAGGUUUUGUCUGUCUGUCUGUCUGUCUGUCUGCCUGCCUGUCUCUCUUUCUCUUUCUCUCGCUCUGUCUGUCUGUCUGUCUGUCUGUCUGUCUGUCUGUCUGUCUGUCUGUCUGUCUGUCUGUCUGUCUGUCUGCCUGUCUGCCUGUCUGUCUCUCUGUAUGUCUGUCUGUCUGCCUUUGUGUCUGUCUGUCUGUCUGUCUCUCUUUCUCUCGCUCUGUCUUUCUCUGUCUGUCUGUCUGUCUGUCUGUCUGUCUGUCUGUCUGUCUGUCUGUCUGUCUGUCUGUCUGUCUGUCUGUCUGUCUGUCUGUCUGUCUGUCUGUCUGUCUGUCUGUCUGUCUGUCUGUCUGUCUGUCUGUCUGACUGUCUGUCUGUCUGUCUCUCUUUCUCUCUCUCUCGCUCUGUCUUUCUCUCUCUGUCUGUCUGCCUGCUUGUCUGCCUGUCUGUCUUUCUGUAUGUCUGUCGGUCUGCCUUUGUGUCUGUCUGUCCGUCUGUCUGUCUGUUUGUCUGUCUGGUCUUACAUAAUCAUUCUCAACACAGUUGUACUCACCUCUCUCUACAUCAGGUACGGAACCAGCAACAUAGGAGAUCAUUUAAUUACUAUGGAUUUCUUUACUUAAAGCUAGUCACUUAGCUAGCUACUAGCUACUUAGUUGCUACAUACAUUUUCUUUAUUUAUAAAUUGAUAAAAUAUACCCAUUGAUUCUUGAAGAAUAUAACUUAUAUAUGCAUCAUGUCGUACCCCAUCAGAACCCAAAAUACAAGCCUGUUUUACUCCAAUGUUUGUAAACAAAGUAAAUGUAAACAAACACUGUAUAGCCUCAAAACAUGGUUAAAACUAUACGUUUUGUAUCAUGGAUGGUCAGUCCUCGCAUCCAUAGCUCUGUCCAUGAAUUUGAGAGUGGUUAACAUUUAUCCAGGCCCAUCCCUCAGCUUUUUACCAAAACACUUUGUUAUUGUUUCAACUAAGGAUUCUAGCUUGAACUUAGUUCAAUUUAACUAAACUCUUAGUUUAACUGACCUCUUAGCUUAACUAAUCUCUUAAUUGACCUUGUACUCCUCUUUGUCUAAGUGUGGAGGUUAUUCGUCUGGGUCACAGCUACUUUAUUAACUGGGACAGGAAGAUGUAUUACAUCCAGAGGGACACUCCAGCCGAGGCCAGAACCACCACGCUCAACGAGGAGCUGGGACAGGUGGGUGAAUGAAUGAAUGGAAGGAUUAAUGAAUGAAUUAAUGAAUUAUUUAAUUAAUACAUUUACAGUGAGGGGGAAAAAGUAUUUGAUCCCCUGCUGAUUUUGUACGUUUGCCCACUGACAAAGAAAUGAUCAGUCUAUAAUUGUAAUGGUAGGUUUCUUUGAACAGUGAGGGACAGAAUAACAACCAAAAAAUAUCCAGAAAAACGCAUUUAAAAAAUGUUAUACAUUGAUUUGCAUUUUAAUGAGGGAAAUAAGUAUUUGACCCCCUCUCAAUCAGAAAGAUUUUUGGCUCCCAGGUGUCUUUUAUACAGGUAACGAGCUGAGAUUAGGAGCAUACUCUUAAAGUGAGUGCUCCUAAUCUCAGUUUACCUGUAUAAAAGACACCUGUUCACAGAAGCAAUCAAUCAAUCAGAUUCCAAACUCUCCACCAUGGCCAAGACCAAAGAGCUCUCCAAGGAUGUCAGGGACAAGAUUGUAGACCUACACAAGGCUGGAAUGGGCUACAAGACCAUCGCCAAGCAGCUUGGUGAGAAGGUGACAACAGUUGGUGCGAUUAUUCGCAAAUGGAAGAAACACAAAAUAACUGUCAAUCUCCCUCGGCAUGGGGCUCUAUGCAAGAUCUCACCUUUUGGAGUUGCAAUGAUCAUGAGAACGGUGAGGAAUCAGCCCAGAACUACACAGGAGGAUCUUAUCAAUGAUCUCAAGGCAGCUGGGACCAUAGUCACCAAGAAAACAAUUGGUAACACUACGCCGUGAAGGACUGAAAUCUUGCAGCGCCCGCAAGGUCCCUCUGCUCAAGAAAGCACAUAUACAGGCCCGUCUGAAGUUUGCCAAUGAACAUCUGAAUGAUUCAGAAGAGAACUGGGUGAAAGUGUUGUGGUCAGAUGAGACCAAAAUCGAGCUCUUUGGCAUCAACUCAACUCGCCGUGUUUGGAGGAGGAGGAAUGCUGCCUAUGACCCCAAGAACACCAUCCCCACCGUCAAACAUGGAGGUGGAAACAUUAUGCUUUGGGGGUGUUUUUCUGCUAAGGGGACACGACCACUUCACCGCAUCAAAGGGACGAUGGACGGGGCCAUGUACAGUCAAAUCUUGGGUGAGAACCUCCUUACCUCAGCCAGUGUCAGGGGCUGAUGUGGAUGCGGUGUUGGAGUCAGGCGCAGGACACAGAAGCUUAGUUGAUCCGACUUAAAUAGUCACAGGAGCAAAAUACAAAUCCAACGGGCCUCAACAAACAGGAGGCGAGCGAAUACGCAAAACAGUGCGAAAAGCACUAACAACAAGAAAACAAAUAACCUACACCAACGGACAGGCGUACAACACACAACAACUACAAACAAAACCAAAGGAAACGUAUAGGUGACAUAAUCAAUACGAGAUAUGGAACAGGUGCACUAAUCAGACAAGACCAAACAAACAUAGAUAACAUCAAACGGUAGCAGCUAGUACUCCGGGGACGACGAACGCCGAAGCCUGCCCGAACAAGGAGGAGGAGCAGUCUCGGCGGAAUUCGUGACAGCCAGGGCAUUGAAAAUGGGUCGUGGAUGGGUAUUCCAGCAUGACAAUGACCCAAAACACACGGCCAAGGCAACAAAGGAGUGGUUUAAGAAGAAGCACAUUAAGGUCCUGGAGUGGCCUAGCCAGGCUCCAGACCUUAAUCCCAUAGAAAAUAUGUGGAGGGAGCUGAAGGUUCGAGUUGCCAAACGUCAGCCUCGAAACCUUAAUGACUUGGCGAAAAUCUGCAAAGAGGAGUGGAACAAAAUCCCUCCUGAGAUGUGUGCAAACCUGGUGGCCAACUACAAGAAACAUCUGACCUCUGUGAUUGCCAACAAGGGUUUUGCCACCAAGUACUAAGUCAUGUUUUGCAGAGGGGGUCAAAUACUUAUUUCCCUCAUUAAAAUGCAAAUCAAUUUAUAACAUUUUUGACAUGCGUUUUUUCUGGAUUUUUUGUUGUUGUUAUUCUGUCUCUCUCACUGUUCAAAUAAACCUACCAUUAAAAUGAUAGACUGAUCAUGUCUUUGUCAGUGGGCAAACGUACAAAAUCAGCAGGGGAUCAAAUACUUUUUUCCCCCUCACUGUAUAUAUGAACCGGAUGAAUUAAUUAAGUUGCUUCAGCCAAGUGACAAACAAUCCUCGUUGGUCCUCGUUGGUCCCAGGUGGAGUUUAUCUUCUCAGACAAGACAGGAACUCUCACACAAAACAUCAUGGUCUUCAACAAAUGCUCCAUCAACGGGAAGAGCUAUGGUACGCUACACAUUUGCGUUCGGUUCCUGUGUGCUCUGGUUCCUCUCAAAGUGUCUUCCUUCUAGGGAGCUGUUCCUUGGCGCUUCUGCAAUUUGAUUGUCUGAUUAUUUGUUCUCUGUUGUGUCUCUUCAGGUGAUGUUUAUGAUGAAUUCGGCCAUAAAGUAGAAAUUACAGAGGUAUGAAUAAGAAACUGGAUAACACAGAUAACUACAGUAUUGACAGUACAAGUUAUACAUUGCAGUAAUACAAUAGUACAGUUAAACUAUAAGAUAGUAACUGUGUUCUGGUCCUUCUCCCUCCAGAGAACGGCCUGCGUGGAUUUCUCCUUCAACCCUUUGAGUGACAGGAAGUUUAGGUUCCAUGACAGUAGCCUGGUGGAAGCCGUCAAGACAGAGGAGCCCUCGGUGCAGGAGUUCUUCAGACUGCUGGCUCUGUGUCAUACUGUCAUGCCUGAGGAGAAGAAUGAAGGUAAUGUGUAGAUAAUAUACAGGACAUGUAAUGUAUAGAAAUUUACAGGACAGGUAAUGUAUAGAUACUGUACAGGAGUUCUUUAGACUGAUAACCUAUAGAUAACCUAUAGAUAGCCUAUAGAUAGCCUAUAGAUAACCUAUAGAUAACCUAUAGAUAACCUAUAGAUAACCUAUAGAUAACCUAUAGAUAACCUAUAGAUAUUGUGAAUGUCAUGUAUAGAGACGUUAGGCUAGUUUCCGGUAGUAACAUCAGGUACAGGUGUUCUUCAGAUUGUUACACUGUCAUGUCUUAGGGUGAAGGUAAACUAGGCUUCUGAGUGAAGGUAAACUAGGCUUCUGAGUGAAGGUAAACUAGGCUUCUGAGUGAAGGUAAACUAGGCUUCUGAGUGAAGGUAAACUAGGCUUCUGAGUGAAGGUAAAGUAGACUUCUGAGUGAAGGUAAACUAGGCUUCUGAGUGAAGGUAAACUAGGCUUCUGAGUGAAGGUAAACUAGGCUUCUGAGUGACUUCUGAGGUGAAGGUAAACUAGCUUCUGAGUGAAGGUAAACUAGGCUUCUGAGUGAAGGUAAACUAGGCUUCUGAGUGAAGGUAAAGUAGACUUCUGAGUGAAGGGUAAACUAGGCUUCUGAGUGAAGGUAAAACUAGGCUUCUGAGUGAAGGGUAAACUAGCCUUCUGAUGUGAAGGUAAAGUAGACUUCUGAGUGAAGGGUAAACUAGGCUUCUGAGUGAAGGUAAACUAGGCUUCUGAGUGAAGGUAAACUAGGCUCUGAGUGAAGGUAAACUAGGCUUCUGAGUGAGUAAACUAGGCUUCUGAUGAAGGUAAACUAGGCUUCUGAGUGAAGGUAAACUAGGCUUCUGAGUGAAGGUAAAGUAGACUUCUGAGUGAAGGUAAACUAGGCUUCUGAGUGAAGGUAAAGUAGGCUUCUGAGUGAAGGUAAAGUAGACUUCUGAGUGAAGGUAGAGUAGACUUCUGAGUGAAGGUAAAGUAGACUUCUGAGUGAAGGUAAAGUAGGCUUCUGAGUGAAGGUAAAGUAGACUUCUGAGUGAAGGUAAAGUAGGCUGCUGAGUGAAGGUAAAGUAGACUUCUGAGUGAAGGUAAAGUAGACUUCUGAGUGAAGGUAAAGUAGACUUCUGAGUGAAGGUAAAGUAGACUUCUGAGUGAAGGUAAAGUAGACUUCUGAGUGAAGGUAAAGUAGACUUCUGAGUGAAGGUAAAGUAGGCUGCUGUACAGUAGUUUGAAGGAUAUUACUUAGAGACAUGAGUCUUGUCUUGUAACCCAGCGGGCGAAGCUGGCUGUAAUGACGUCGAUUCAACCAGUUUUGUCUGCUGGGAAAUCUGUCUAGAUAAUACUGAUAAAUUAAUGAUAUGUUGACUCACAAUUCCCUGCAACUACUCAUGUGGAUGGUGCAGCCUAACAAAAAACAUAUUCUUCUUCUUCUUCUUCUUCUUCUUCUUCUUCUUCUUCUUCUUCUUCUUCUUCUUCUUCUUCUUCUUCUUCUUCUUCCUCCAUGUAGGGGAUCUGGUGUACCAGGCCCAGUCGCCUGACGAGGGAGCCCUGGUCACGGCCGCACGGAACUUUGGCUUUGUGUUUCGUUCCAGAACCCCGGAGACCGUCACGCUGUACGAGAUGGGGACAGCCGUCAACUACCAGCUCCUGGCCAUCCUCGACUUCAACAACGUGCGCAAGAGAAUGAGUGUCAUUGGUUAGGUCUUCACCUUUAAAAAGCAAACAUCUUGUUUUGCUGUCACCAAAAUGUGUUGUGUAGCAAAGCAAAACAUUACGUUUUCGUAAAGUUGGAAGUAUAAGACACAAUACAGUCGAUGAUGACUUCAUAUUCUUGAAUAUUCUGUAAACACACACAUAGCAGUGUUAGUAUCAAUAAUUCAAGACCUAGACUGCAUGGUGUUCUGUUCUUGUCCGGCAAUCUUGACGUCAUUAGGUAUUCACUAUCAAUAAGGUCUUUGAUCAAUAGGCUUCGAUCCACUGACUCAUUGGUCACUGAAAAUACCUGUACCUUCAAAGUCCCUUCAAGGCAAUGACUCAGGUAUUUGUCUGCUUCUGUUUCUACUGUCCUCCAGUGAGGAACCCAGCGGGCCACAUCAAGCUGUACUGUAAAGGAGCUGACACCAUCAUCUUCGACAGACUGGACCCGUCCAACCAAGAUCUCAUGAACACUACCUCAGAGCAUCUUUACGUAGGUCUAUACACUACAUACAGUAUGUGUACUAUCUCUCUCUCUCUCUCUCUCUCUCUCUCUCUCUCUCUCUCUCUCUCUCUCUCUCUCUUUCUCAUCAUAUAUCAAUAAAAGUAUAUCUGACAUUUGAAUAACGCUCUUUGACAUGUCCCCUAAAUAUAUAAAAGCUUUGUAUCCGAGGUUGAUGGUUUGAGAGUGAGAGUGACCUUCAGUGUUGAAAGCAGUAAUUUAUUCUCUAUUGUGGUGUGUGAGCUGUUGAGAGAGCUCUUGACACAGAAUAGAAGAUACAAAAAUAGUCUCUCAACACGUUGCCUUCUGUUUUUAGAUACCGUCUGCCUCACAGUCACUCACAACAACAGCCUCACAGUCACUCACAACAGUCAGCCUCACAGCCACUCACAACAAGCAGCCUCACAGUCACUCACAACAAGCAGCCUCACAGUCACUCACAACAAGCAGCCUCACAGUCACUCACAACAAGCAGCCUCACAGUCACUCACAACAAGCAGCCUCACAGUCACUCACAACAAGUAGCCUCACAGAACCUCACAACAAGCAGCCUCACAGUCACUCACAACAAGCAGCCUCACAGUCACUCACAAAAAGCAGCCUCACAGUCACUCACAAAAAGCCCACGCAACAUAUUGCAUGAAGCAUCAACAUGAGAGAUAAUAAUAUCAUAUAAUAUACUGUAUAUAAAUAUACACUACCAGUCAAAGGUUUGGACACACCAACUCAUUCAAGGGUUUUUCUUAAUUUUUACUAUUUUCUACAUUGUAGAAUAAUAGUGAAGACAUCAACACUAUGAAAUAACACAUAUGGAAUCAUGUAGUAACCAAAAAAGUGUUAAACAAAUCAAAAUAUAUGUUACAUUUGCUUUGCGCACUCUUGGCAUUCUCUCAACCAGCUUCAUGAGAUUGUCACCUGGAAUCCAUUUCAAUUAACAGGUGUGCCUUCUUAAAAGUUUUUUUGUGGAAUUUCUUUCCUUCUUAAUGCGUUUGAGCCAAUCAGUUGUGUUGUGACAAGAAGAUAGCCAUAUUUGGUAAAAUACCAAGUCCAUAUUAUGGCAAGAACAGCUCAAAUAAGCAAAGUGAAACGACAGUCCAUCAUUAUUUUAUGACAUGAAGGUCAGUCAAUACGGACAAUUUCAAGAACUUUAAAAGUUUCUUCAAGUGCAGUCGCAAAAACCAUCAAGCGCUAUGAUGAAACUGGCUCUCAUGAGGACCGCCACAGGAAUGGAAGACCCAGAGUUACCUCUGCUGCAGAGGACAAGUUCAGUGGUGCAGUGGUCUAAGGCACUGCAUCGCAGUGCUAGCUGUGCCAUGGGGCGGCGCACAAUUGGCCCAGCGUCGUCCAGGGUAGGGGAGGGAAUGGCCGGCAGGGUUGUGGGUUCGAUUCCAGUAUGAAAAAAUAAAAAUAAAAUAAUGUAAGUCGCUCUGGAUAAGAGCGUCUGCUAAAUGACUAAAAUGUAAAAUGUUACCAGCCUCAGAAAUUGCAGCCCAAAUAAAUGCUUCACAGAGUUCAAGUAACAGACACAUCUCAACAUCAACUGUUCAGAGUAGACUGUGUGAAUCAGGCCUUCAUAGUCGAAUUGCUGCAAAGAUACCACUACUAAAGGACACCAAACAAGAAGAAGAGACUUGCUUCGUCCAAGAAACACGAGCAAUGGACAUUAGACCGGUGGAAAUGUGUCCUUUGGUCUGGAGACCAAAUUUGAGAUUUUUGGUUCCAACUGCCGUGUCUUUGUGAGACGCGGUGUGGGUGAACGGAUGAUCUCCGCAUGUAUAUUUCCCACCGUAAAGCAUGGAGGAGGAGGUGUUAUGGUGUGGGGGUGCUUUGCUGGUGCCACUGUGAUUUAUUUAGAAUUCAAGGCACACUUAACCAGCAUGGCUACAACAGCAUUCUGCAGCGAUACGCCAUCCCAUCUGGUUUGGGCUUAGUGGGACUAUCAUUUGUUUUUCUUCUAGUGGUAUUUUACCCCCUUUUUUCUCCCCUAUUUCAUGGUAUCCAAUUGGUAGUAGUUACAGUCCCUGUCCCAUCGCUGCAACCCCCGUACGGACACGGGAGAGGUGAAGGUGAGAGUCGUGCGUCCUCCGAAACACAACCAACCGAGCCGCACUGCUUCUUGACACAGUGCCCGCUUAACCCGGAAGCCAGCCGCACCAAUGUGUCGGAGGAAACAUCGUACACCUGGCGACCGAGUCAGAGUGCACUGCGCCCGGCCCGCCACAGGGGUCACUAUAGCACGAUGGGACAAGGACAUCCCUGCCGGCCAAACCCUCCCCUACCCUGGACAACGCUGGGCCAGUUGUGCGCCGCCCCAUGGGUCUCCCGGUCGUGGCCAGCUAUCGUCGAACCAGGAUCUCUAGUGGCACAGCUAGCACUGUGAUGCAGUGCCUUAGACCACUGCGCCACUCGGGAGGCCUAUCAUUUGUUUUUCAACAGGACAAUGACCCAACACACCUCCAGGCUGUGGAAGGGCUAUUUUACCAAGAAGGAGAGUGAUGGAGUGCUGCAUCAGAUGACCUGGCCUCCACAAUCCCCCGACCUCCACCCAAUGGUGAUGGUCUGGGAUGAGUUGGACUGCAGAGUGAAGGAAAAGCAGCCAACAAGUGCUCAGCAUAUGUGGGAAUUCCUUCAAGACAGUUGGAAAAGCAUUCCAGGUGAAGCUGGUUGAGAGAAUGCAAAGCUGUCAUCAAGGCAAAGGGUGGCUAUUUGAAUAAUCUUUGUUGAAGAUUUGUUUAACACUUUUUUGGUUACUACAUGAUUCCAUAUGUGUUAUUUCAUCGUUUUGAUGUCUUCAUUAUUAUUCUACAAUGUAGAAAAUAGUAAAAAUAAAGAAAAACCCUGGAAUGAGUAGGUGUGUCCAAACUUUUGACUGGUACUGUAUAUAUUCAUAUAUUAAUCAUAAUAAUAAUACUAAUACUAAUAAUACUAUUAUAAUAUAAUAUACUAAUAUAACUAUUUUAUAUAGCUAAUACUAGAACAUCUGGUUUACUGAAUGAUGAGGACAUUUCUCUGAUCAGAUUCAACAACCUAGCAGCAUACAAAACAUACAUAACUAAAUGCAUUUAAAAAUAGUCCUAACCAAUAUGCUUAAUCUCAAUACAAAAUCCUUGAAUGAUUGUAUAAUCUGAAUGAUGUUUGUUGCAGGAGUUUGCUGGUGAAGGCUUGCGAACACUAGCCCUGGCAUACAAAGACCUAGAUGAGAAUGUAUUAGAGGAAUGGAUGAAGAGGCUUCUGUAUGCCAGCACUGUGAUAGAGAACAGAGAGGAGGGACUGGCUGAUCUCUACGAGGAGAUAGAGACAGGCCUGAUGGUAAGAGACUGACUUAUAGACUGACAUAUAGACUGAUAUAUAGACUGACCUAUAGACUGACAUAUAGACUGACAUAUAGACUGACAAAUAGAUUGACCUAAAGACUGACCUAUAGACUGACCUAUAGACUGAUAUAUAGACUGACCUAUAGACUGAUAUAUAGACUGACCUAUAGACUGACCUAUAGACUGACAUAUAGACUGAUAUAUAGACUGACCUAUAGACUGAUAUAUAGACUGAUAUAUAGACUGACCUAUAGACUGACAUAUAGACUGACCUAUAGACUGACAUAUAGACUGAUAUAUAGACUGAUAUAUAGACUGACCUAUAGACUGAUAUAUAGACUGACCUAUAGACUGAUAUAUAGACUGAUAUAUAGACUGACCUAUAGACUGAUAUAUAGACUGACCUAUAGACUGAUAUAUAGACUGACCUAUAGACUGACAUAUAGACUGAUAUAUAGACUGACAUAUAGACUGACCUAUAGACUGACAUAUAGACUGAUAUAUAGACUGACCUAUAGACUGACAUAUAGACUGAUAUAUAGACUGACAUAUAGACUGACCUAUAGACUGAUAUAUAGACUGACCUAUAGACUGACAUAUAGACUGAUAUAUAGACUGACAUAUAGACUGACCUAUAGACUGAUAUAUAGACUGACCUAUAGACUGACAUAUAGACUGAUAUAUAGACUGACCUAUAGACUGACCUAUAGACUGACCUAUAGACUGACCUAUAGACUGACCUAUAGACUGAUAUAUAGACUGACCUAUAGACUGAUAUAUAGACUGACCUAUAGACUGACCUAUAGACUGACCUAUAGACUGACAUAUAGACUGAUAUAUAGACUGACCUAUAGACUGACCUAUAGACUGACCUAUAGACUGACAUAUAGACUGACCUAUAGACUGACAUAUAGACUGACCUAUAGACUGAUAUAUAGACUGACAUAUAGACUGACCUAAAGACUUAUAUAUAGACUGACCUAUAGACUUAUAUAUAGACUGACCUAUAAAGAACAGAGAGGAAGGACUGCCUACUCUCUACAUGGUGAUAAAGGCUUGAUGUAAAACUGACCAGAGGCAACAGUAUCCUAGACGCCAUCUCCUGCCGUUAUGCCCUUGAUCAAGGCACUCAACCCUUAAACUGCUCCAGGGACACUGCACCAUGGCUGACCCUGUCUUCAAACCGCUGGGUUUGUGGGUGUGUUCUCAGGGGUUCCACUGGUUGUUUGUUUUCCCCCUCUUAAGCUCCUAGGGGCCACAGCAGUAGAAGACAAACUGCAGGAGGGGGUUCCUGAAACCAUCGCCUGUUUGACCCUGGCCAACAUCAAGAUCUGGGUUCUCACCGGGGAUAAGUUAGGUAAGCGCCAAUGAAGGGAUGGACCGAUGUUUUGAACCAUCAAAGUUUACUCCCUCUACAAAAUACUUUACUUUACUUUAGAGUACUACUGAGAUAGAUUUACUGCAUUGUUGGGAGAGAGCUUGCAAGAAAGGUCAUUUCACAGUAAUAUAUUUUUUAUUCAGUGUCCAAUGAUACAUUUGACAAUACUGUACAUGAAAACUGGAGGUAACGUGACAUGUUCUGCGGUUGUAGAGACGGCGAUGAACAUCGGCUACUCCUGCAACAUGCUGAGAGACGACAUGAGCGAAGUGUUCAUAAUAUCAGGACACACCUCCUCGGAGGUGCUGCAGCAACUCAGGUAAGGCCUCUGGCCAAUGAAACAUACUCUCUCAGGCCUCUGGCCAAUGAAACAUACUCUCUCAGGCCUCUGGCCAAUGAAACAUACUCUCUCAGGCCUCUGGCCAAUGAAACAUACUCUCUCAGGCCUCUGGCCAAUGAAACAUACUCUCUCAGGCCUCUGGCCAAUGAAACAUACUCUCUCAGGCCUCUGGCCAAUGAAACAUACUCUCUCAGGCCUCUGGCCAAUGAAACAUACUCUCUCAGGCCUCUGGCCAAUGAAACAUACUCUCUCAGGCCUCUGGCCAAUGAAACAUACUCUCUCAGGCCUCUGGCCAAUGAAACAUACUCUCUCAGUCACGAUUACACCUGCAGGUAAUCAAUCAUCUGCAUCUGCAUUGCAGGCUCUCUGGGGGGUUUUAGGCUGGUUUCUGUAAAAGCACUUUGUGACAACUGCUGAUCGUAAAAAAAAGGGCUUUUAUAAAAAAAAAAAAAUACAUUUGAUUGAUCGACCUGCAGGUAAAAAGGCAAACCUGCUCCCCCCCAGCAGCUUUUUUGAGAGUCAAAGAAUGAGAGUUAGUUAGUGAGCGCAGGCUGGCUGACUGGGUCACGUGACAAGGUCCCCAGGGCAUUCUGUUUCCUCCUUUAGUUUAGCUGGACUAAAGAACGUGUUAUUCCCCCAACAGCUGAUCCCAGAGGGAAGCUAUCACCAUGCCAGCCAGCCCCAUUGGCCCCAUCGGUCGUUCUCUAUCUGAGUGAGAGGGGUAGAGAGACAGAGUAGAAUAGAGAGAACCAUCCAUUUUCUUUUCAGAUCGUGAACAUUCAUUGUAGCGUUGUUCUAUUUCUAUGGUUAAACAUUAAAUUGACACGUGAGUCGUUUAGCCAGACGGCUCUUAUCCAGAGUGACUACAGUCAGUGCAUUCAUCGCAGGGUAGCUGAGAGACAGCCGCAUCUCCUGAGUGGCGCAGUGGUCUAAGGCGCCGCAUCGCAGUGCUAACUGUGCCACUAGAGAUCCUGGUUCGAAUCCAGGCUCUGUCGCAGCCGGCCGCGACCGGGAGACUCAUGCGCGGCGCACAAUUGGCCCAGCGUCGUCCAGGGUAGGGGAGGGAAUUUUUUAUUUCACCUUUAUUUAACCAGGUAAGCCAGUUGAGAACAGGUUCUCAUUUACGACUGCGACCUGGCCGGCAGGGAUGUAGCUCAGUUGAUAGAGCAUGGCGUUUGCAACGCCAGGGUUGUGGGUUCGAUUGCCACGGGGGGCCAGUAUAAAAAAAUAAAAUAUAUAUGUAUUCACUAACUGUAAGUCGCUCUGGAUAAGAGCGUCUGCUAAAUGACUAAAAUUUAAAUCUCUCAUCUGUUUAUGCCCCCCUCCCCUCCUUCUUUAGGAGUGCUAAGGAGCACAUCCUGGGCCUGAGCAGAGUUAGCAGUACUGCAGAUGUGGAGAAGACAGACGAGUUCUCAGAUGAUUCUGUGUUUGAAGAAACCAUCAUAGCGGAAUAUGCCUUAAUCAUCAAUGGACACAGUCUGGUAAGGAGGCUCCCCUCCCCCCAUGCUGUUGCUACCCUUUGUUACUCUACAUACAGUGACAUGGUUUCCAAACCAGAUGCCUGGACUAUAUUUUCAUCCCUGUGGGUUGUGUAUGGGUGUGAGUCUAUGCGAUAUGCUCAGGAUAAUGUUUCUUUACCUGGUGUUGAAUGUGGGUUGUGUGUAUGGGUGUGAGUCUAUGCGAUAUGCUCAGGAUAAUGUUUCUUUUACCUUGGUGUUGAAUGUGGGUUGUGUGUAUGGGUGUGAGUCUGUGCGAUAUGCUCAGGAUAAUGUUUCUUUACCUGGUGUUGAAUGUGGGUUGUGUGUAUGGGUGUGAGUCUGUGCGAUAUGCUCAGGAUAAUGUUUCUUUACCUGGUGUUGAAUGUGGGUUGUGUGUAUGGGUGUGAGUCUAUGCGAUAUGCUCAGGAUAAUGUUUCUUUACCUGGUGUUGAAUGUGGGUUGUGUGUAUGGGUGUGAGUCUAUGCGAUAUGCUCAGGAUAAUGUUUCUUUACCUGGUGUUGAAUGUGGGUUGUGUGUAUGGGUGUGUGUCUAUCUGGUAUGGACCGUAUAAUAUCUCUGCUCCUGUGGCGUCUGCUGAGUCUGCUUAGUUUCUAAUGAGCAAGACUGCUGGUGAUUAGGGAGUCCCCCAUCUCUGCGAGAGAGGCUGUCGUUAAGACAUCUGGCAGACAGACACACUGCCCUGAGUGGUUGGUUGCCCAGGCUUCUCAUCAGCAAACAGAGCCUCACAUCAUUACAGCAUCUAGUCCAAGAGCUGUGUCUCAGAUUCAAAUUCGUAAACGCUUUAUUGUCCCAAUACUGGGCAAUUGAUUUGCAACUGGCUUCUAGACUUCUCAUCAGCAGACAGAGACUCACUGCUCUGCUCCUAGUCCUGACCUGUCUCACACUCUGUACUCGGUACACACGCUGAGCCCACACUGUUCUGCUACGUCCUGGCUCUGCUCUGCAGGAGGGCUGGGAUGUUAACACCACAGAACUGGUUAACACUGCAGGGUGGUGAUAAUGGUUGUUUAACAGGCCUAAUGUGUCUGUGUCUCUGGGGGUGUUGUGGAGAAAGGCACAAGAUCAUUUCCAUUCUAACCAAAUGGACAAUAAAAUGUCUAUCCCCCCUCCCACCCCGUCAAGAUUGAAGAAAAAAAGAAGAGUCAGGAAGAGCAGGAAAACUCAAGGAAGGAUCCAUAUCCCUCUGCACUUCCUCCAUACUCCCUCCUCUAUAUUCCCUCCCUCACCUCCCCUCCUCCUCCCCCCUCCCCUCCCCUCCCCUCUCCUAUUAAUCCCCCCUGUAGGCCCAUGCCCUGGAGCCUGACCUGGAGCAGGUCCUUCUGGAGACAGCCUGUCUGUGUAAGACAGUGAUCUGCUGUAGGGUGACUCCCAUGCAGAAGGCCCAGGUGGUGGAGCUGGUCAAGACAAACAAGAUGGCCGUGACUCUGGCCAUAGGAGACGGGGCCAACGACGUCAGCAUGAUCAAGAGUAAUACACAGGUUACAUUAUAUUCAGCUCACGGUGUUUCUCAGUCAGCAGCAGAUAUGAGCAGCAAUGAACGGGGUUCACAGGAUGACAGGAAGGACACAAGAUCAGUUGAAAAAACAAAGCAGGCCCUCUAUCAUGUAGGAACUAUCUUCCUUUAUGUGCAAUCGUGUGUCUAAAUACAAAAUCUGGUGUGAAUAUGAUGUAUGUUUCAUGAGGAGAAGAGGAUUUUGAGCAUUAGCGUUACAUACAGUGGCUUGCGAAAGUAUUCACCCCCCUUGGCAUUUUUCCUAUUUUGUUGCCUUACAACCUGGAAUUAAAAUUGAUUUUUGGGGGGUUUGUAUCAUUUGAUUUACACAACAUGCCUACCACUUUGAAGAUGCAAAAUAUAUUUUUUGUGAAACAAACAAGAAAUAAGACAAAAAAACAGAAAACUUGAGCGUGCAUAACUAUUCACAGUCAAUACUUUGUAGAGCCACCUUUUGCAGUAAUUACACCUGCAAAUCUCUUGGGGUAUGUCUCUAUAAGCUUGGCACAUCUAGCCACUGGGAUUUUUGCCCAUUCUUCAAGGCAAAACUGCUCCAGCUCCUUCAAGUUGGAUGGGUUCCGCUGGUGUACAGCAAUCUUUAAGUCAUACCACAGAUUCUCAAUUGGAUUGAGGUCUGGGCUUUGACUAGGCCAUUCCAAGACAUUUAAAUGUUUCCCCUUAAACCACUUGAGUGUUGGUUUAACAGUAUGCUUAGGGUCAUUGUCCUGCUGGAAGGUGAACCUCCGUCCCAGUCUCAAAUCUCUGGAAGACUGAAACAGGUUUCCCUCAAGAAUUUCCCUGUAUUUAGCACCAUCCAUCAUUCCUUCAAUUCUGACCAGUUUCCCAGUCCCUGCCGAUGAAAAACAUCCCCGGGGUGAUGAGAGGUGUUGGGUUUGCGCCAGACAUAGCGUUUUCCUUGAUGGCCAAAAAGCUCCAUUUUAGUCUCAUCUGACCAGAGUACCUUCUUCCAUAUGUUUGGGGAGUCUCCCACAUGGCUUUUGGCGAACACCAAACGUGUUGGCUUAUUUUUUUCUUUAAGCAAUGGCUUUUUUCUGGCCACUCUUCCGUAAAGCCCAGCUCUGUGGAGUGUACGGCUUAAAGUGGUCCUAUGGACAGAUACUCCAAUCUCCGCUGUGGAGCUUUGCAGCUCCUUCAGGGUUUUCUUUGGUCUCUUUGUUGCCUCUCUGAUUAAUGCCCUCCUUGCUUGGUCCGUGAGUUUUGGUUGGCAGGUUUGUUGUGGUGCCAUAUUCUUUCCAUUGUUUAAUAAUGGAUUUAAUGGUGCUCCGUGUGAUGUUCAAAGUUUCGGAUAUUUUUUUAUAACCCAAUCCUGAUCUGUACUUCUCCACAACCUUGUCCCUGACCUGUUUGGAGAGCUCCUUGGUCUUCAUGGUGCCGCUUGCUUGGUGGUGCCCUUUGCUUAGUGGUGUUGCAGACUCUGGGGCCUUUCAGAACAGGUGUAUAUAUACUGAGAUCAUGUGACAGAUCAUGUGACACUUAGAUUGCACACAUGUGUACUUUAUUUAACUAAUUAUGUGACUUCUGAAGGUAAUUGGUUGCACCAGAUCUUAUUUAGGGGCUUCAUAGCAAUUCAGUUGAAGUCAGAAGCUUCUGAUAGGCUAAUUGACAUCAUUUGAGUCAAUCGGAGGUGUACCUGUGGAUGUAUUUCAAGGCCUACCUUCAAACUCAGUGCCUCUUUGCUUGACAUAGAAAUCAAAAGCUAUUUCCAUGUGUAAAUGUUAUGGGAUUUGCUCCAUUGGUUUUGUUGGUAGGCCUAGAUUAUGCUCAAAUAGCCACAAUAGUCUAUUGGCUACUGUCUAAAACUGUAAGGGUACUGCCUCAGUGUUCACUGUAAACGCGUGCCAGAAGUUGCACAAAAUUGUGCUCUCUUUCUCUCUCGGUUUCAAUUCAAUUCAAGGGGCUUUAUUGACAUGGGAAACAUAUGUUUACAUUGCCAAAGCAAGUGAAAUGGAUAAACAAAAGUGAAAUAAACAAUAACAAGUCAAUAGUAAACAUUACACUCACAAAAGUUCCAAAAUAAUAGAGACAUUUCAUAUAUCAUAUUAUGUCUAUAUACAGUUUGUAACUAUGUGCAAAUAGUUAAAAUACAAAAUGGAAAAUAAAUAAACAUAAAUAUGGGUUGUAUUUACAAUGGUGUUUGUUCUUCACUGGUUGCCCUUUUCUUGUGGCAACAGGUCACAAAUCUUGCUGCUGUGAUGGCACACUGUGGUAUUUCAGACAAUAGAUAUGGGAGUUUAUCAAAAUUGGGUUUGUUUUCAAAUUCUUUGUGGAUAUGUGUAAUCUGAGGGAAAUAUGUGUCUCUAAUAUGGCAGGAGGUUAGGAAGUGAAGCUCAGUUUCCACCUCAUUCUGUGGGCAGUGUGCACAUAGCCUGUCUUCUCUUGAGAGCCAGGUCUGCCUACGGCGGCCUUUCUCACUAGCAAGGCUAUGCUCACUGAGUUUGUUAUGGAAGGUUUGGGAAUCACUUCCUUUUAGGUGGUUGUAGAAUUUAACGGCUCUUUUCUGGAUUUUGAUCAUUAGCGGGUAUCAGCCUAAUUCUGCUCUGCAUGCAUUAUUUGGUGUUUUACGUUGUACACUGAGGAUAUUUUUGCAGAAUUCUGCAUGCAGAGUCUCAAUAUGGUGUUUGUCCCAUUUUGUGAAUUAUUGGUUGGUGAGCUGACCCCAAACCUCACAACCAUGAAGGGCAAUGGGUUCUAUAACUGAUUCAAGUAUUUUUUGCCAGAUCCUAAUUGGUAUGUUGAAUUUUAUGUUCCUUUUGACGGCAUAGAAGGCCCUUCUUGCCUUGUCACUCAGAGCGUUCACCAGCUUUGUGGAAGUUACCUGUGGCGCUGAUGUUUAGGCCGAGGUAUGUAUAGUUUUUUGUGUGCUCUAGGGCAACGGUGUCUAGAUGGAAUUUAUAUUUGUGGUCCUGGCAACUGGACCUUUUUUGGAACACCAUUAUUUUUGUCUUACUGAGAUUUACUGUCAGGGCCCAGGUCUGACAGAAUCUGUGCAGAAGAUCUAGGUGCUGCUGUAGGCCAUCCUUGGUUGGGGACAGAAGCACCAGAUCAUCAGCAAACAGUAGACAUUUGACUUCAGAUUCUAGUAGGGUGAGGCCGGGUGCUGCAGACUGUUCUAGUGCCCUCGCCAAUUUGUUGAUAUAUAUGUUGAAGAGGGUGGGGCUUAAGCUGCAUCCCUGUCUCACCCCACGGCCCUAUGGAAAGAAAUGUGUGUGUCUUUUGCCAAUUUUAACCACACACUUGUUGUUUGUUUACAUGGAUUUUACAAUGUUGUAUGUUUUUCCCCCAACACCACUUUCCAUCAAUUUGUAUAGCAGACCCUCAUGCCAAAUUGAGUCAAAAGCUUUUUUGAAAUCAACAAAGCAUGAGAAGACUUUGCCUUUGUUUUGGUUUGUUUGUUUUGUCAAUUAGGGUGUGCAGGGUGAAUACGUGGUCUGUCGUACGAUAAUUUGGUAAAAAGCCAAUUUGACAUUUGCUCAGUAUAUUGUUUUCCUGAGGAAAUGUACGAGUCUGCUGUUAAUGAUAAUGCAGAGGAUUUUCCCAAGGUUGCUGUUGACACAUAUCCCACGGUAGUUAUUGGGGUGAAAUUUGUCUCCACUUUUGUGGAUUGGGGUGAUCAGUCCUUGGUUUCAAAUAUUGGGGAAGAUGCCAGAGCUAAGGAUGAUGUUAAAGAGUUUAAGAAUUGGAAUUUGUCGUCUGUAUAUUUUAUCAUUUCAUUGAGGAUUCUCUCUCUCUCUGUCUCUCUCUCUCUCUCUCUGUCUCUCUCUCUCUCUCUCUCUGUCUCUCUCUCUCUCUCUCCAGCUGCUCAUAUAGGUGUAGGUAUAUCAGGUCAGGAGGGCAUGCAGGCUGUGCUAGCCUCCGACUACUCCUUCGCCCAGUUCCGCUAUCUGCAGCGUCUCCUGCUGGUCCAUGGCCGCUGGUCCUAUUUCCGCAUGUGCAACUUCCUGUUCUACUUCUUCUACAAGAACUUUGCCUUCACCGUGGUGCACUUCUGGUUCGGCUUCUUCUGUGGUUUCUCAGCUCAGGUAAAUAAAAGUGACAUAAAAAAAAGUGUGUUUUUAUUUGGGGAAAACGUAGGAACUAAAUGUACUUACGGUAGUUGUCUUUCUCCAAUGUCUCUUGAAAAUAAAAAAACAAUAAUCAUAUACAAAUGCUAUUGCAUUGGGGCAAAGAGCAAUACAACAUUAUAGUAUAUCUAUGUUUUAUAAUUGUAAACAUUUUGUGUGCAUUUUUAUCUUCACUUUAUUCCAUCUUCUCUUCUUAGACGGUUUAUGACCAGUGGUUUAUCACUCUCUUCAAUAUAGUCUACACAUCCCUGCCAGUUCUGGCCAUGGGGCUUUUUGAUCAGGUAAGAACUGGUGUAAACUACAUACAAGAACUCCGUGUAUCUUUUCAUCAGUUUCCAAUGGCAACCCACCAAGCUUUUAUUUUCUUUCACUUUCCUUUUCUUUCUUUCUUUCUUUCUUUCAUUUUUCUUUUCAAGAUUCUGUCCAGUCAUACAGGUGAAUAUGUCAUGUUUUUAGAUCCCCUUUUUGCUCUGCUCUCCUCCUUAGGGACUCUAUAAACGUCCAACUACCUCUACCUCUACCCCACCUAAACCUUAAUAACUAACCUUAUCCUCACCCAACUCUAACCCAUUAGUCAAUAUAAUUUAGAGCCGGUAAACUGACCUGGACACAGGUUAAGCCUAGUUCUGAACUAAAAAGCCUACCCAAUGGAGAAAGUCCAUUAAAGUGCUAAUUAGUCCAGGACUUAGGCUAAAUCUGUAUCCGGGAAACCAGACAAUGUAGUCCAGCGUACGUACACACACACACACACACACACACACAUACCUGUCAUCACAAAAACUAUUUUCUUCCCCAGGAUGUGAACGAAGCCAACAGCCACCGCUUCCCCAGCCUGUACCGUCCAGGGCAGCUCAACCUCCUGUUCAAUAAGAGACAGUUCUUCCUGUGUACACUGCAGGGGAUGGGGACCUCCUUCCUCCUCUUCUUCAUCCCCUAUGGAGCCUUCUGCCUCGCCGUCAGUGACGACGGAUCACACAUCUCAGACCAGCAGGCUUUCGCCGUCACCAUAGCAACAUCCUUGGUCAUAGUGGUGAGCAUUCAGGUAAGAGGCAUAGUCAGAUGGGUUAUUCAUCACAAAACCCACUGAUAUUGCCAACUACUUUAAUGAUUUUUUGAUUGGCAAGAUUAGCAAACUUAGGCUUGACAUGCCAGCAACAAAUGCUGACACUAUACAUCCAAGAAUAUCUGACCAAAUUAUGAAAGACAAGCAUUGUAAUUUUGAAUUCCGUAAAGUAAGUGUGGAAGAGGUGAAAAAAGUAUUGUUGUCUAUCAACAAUGACAAGCCACCGGGGUCUGACAAGAUUACUGAGGAUAAUAGCGGACGAUAUUGCCACUCCUAUUUGCCAUAUCUUCAAUUUAAGCCUACUAGAAAGUGUGGGACCUCAGGCCUAGAGGGAAGCAAAAGUUAUUCCCCUACCUAAGAAUAGUAAAGCCCCCUUUACUGGCUCAAAUAGCCGACCAAUCAGCCUGUUACCAACCCUUAGUAAACUUUAGGAAAAAAUUGUGUUUGACCAGAUACAAUGCUAUUUUACAGUAAACAAAUUGACAACAGACUUUCAGCACGCUUAUAGGGAAGGACAUUCAACAAGCACAGCACUUACACAAAUUACUGAUGAUUGGCUGAGAGAAAUGUAUGAUAAAAAGAUUGUGGGGGCUGUUUUAUUAGACUUUAGUGCAGCUUUUGACAUUAUCGACCAUAGUCUGCUGCUGGAAAAACGUAUGUGUCAUGGCUUUACACCUCCUGCUAUAUUGUGGAUAAAGAGUUACCUGUCUAACAGAACACAGAGGAUGUUCUUUAAUGGAAGCCUAUCCAACAUAAUCCAGGUAGAAUCAGGAAUUCCCCAGGGCAGCUGUCUAGGCCCCUUACUUUUUUCAAUCUUUACUAACGACAUGCCACUGGCUUUGAGUAAAGCCAGUGUGUUUAUGUAUGCGGAUGACUCAACACUAUACACGUCAGCUACUACAGCGACUGAAAUGACUGCAACACUUAACAAAGAGCUGCAGUUAGUUUCUGAAUGGGUGGAAUAAGUUAGUCCUAAAUAUUUCAAAAACUAAAAGCAUUGUAUUUAGGACAAAUCAUUCACUAAACCCUAAACCUCAACUAAAUCUUGUAAUGAAUAAUGUGGAAAUUGAGCAAGUUGAGGAGACUAAACUGCUUGGAUUGUAAACUGUCAUGGUCAAAACAUAUUGAUACAACAGUAGCUAGGAUGGGGAGAAGUCUGUCUAUAAUAAAGCGCUGCUCUGCCUUCUUAACAGCACUAUCAACAAGGCAGGUUCUACAGGCCCUAGUUUUGUCGCACCUGGACUACUGUUCAGUCGUGUGGUCAGGUGCCACAAAGAGGGACUUAGGAAAAUUGCAAUUGGCUCAGAACAGGGCAGCACAGCUCGUCCUUGGAUGUACACAGAGAGCUAACAUUAAUAAUAUGCAUGUCAAUCUCUCUUGGCUCAAAGUGGAGGAGAGAUUGACUUCAUCACUACUUGUAUUUGUGAGAGGUAUUGACAUGUUGAAUGCACCGAGCUGUCUGUUUGAACUACUGGCAAACAGCUCGGACACCCAUGCAUACCCCACAAGACUUUCCACCAGAAGUCUCUUCACAGUCCCCAAGUCAAGAAUAUACUAUGGGAGGAGCACAGUACUACGUAGAGCCAUGACUGCAUGGAACUCUAUUCCACAUCAAGUAACUCAUGCCAGCAGUAAAAUUAGAUAAAAAAAACAGAUAAAAAGACACCUUUUGGAACAGCGGGGACUGUGAAGCAACACAAACAUGGACACAUCCAUACAAACACACGACAACAUACGCACUAUACACACAUACACACAUGGAUGUUGUGUUAUAGAUAUGUGGUAGUAGAGUAGAGGCCUGAGGGCACACACUUUAUAUGUUGUGAAAUCUGUUAUGAAUGUAUUGUAAUGCCUUUUGGUUGCUACGGCAAUGAUAUAAACGAUUAAAUCAGAAGAAAAAUAAGAAAAUGCCUCCAGGUGCUGUUAGUGGGAGAUGACCCAGGUGAAUGGUUAUUCUCAAAACACUGCAUUAUUAACUAACUAAAAUCUAACUUGCUGAUAUACAAGAUAUGAACAUGUGACCGUUUACUGACAUGCAGUACGUGAUAUGAACAUGCAGUUGUUUUGUUCGGUUACAGAUUGGACUGGACACCUCCUAUUGGACAGCAGUGAACCACGUCUUUGUGUGGGGUAGCCUGGCUGUCUACUUUGCCAUUCUAUUCGCAAUGCACAGUGACGGCCUCUUCAGCAUAUUCCCCAGCCACUUCCCUUUCAUUGGUGAGUCAAUCAAUCAAUCACAUGUAUUUACAAAGCACUUUUUUUUUUUUUUUUACAUCAGUGCUUUACAGUAACCUAGUGUAAUUCAGUUUUAAAUCUUGAGUACAAUAAUGAUACAUGAAACUGUACAAGAGCAUUUUUUUUGAGUCCGAGGGUUGUGUUUUGUUGUGGUUUUCCCAGGCACAGGCCGUAACUGCCUGACUCAGAAGAGUGUGUGGCUGGUCAUAAUGCUGACCACUGUGGCGUGUGUCAUGCCCGGGUUGGCAGUUCGCUUUCUGAAGACAGACCUUUACCCCACUCUGACAGACAAGGUAAAGGGAACUUGAUUGACACACACUGUAGUGUACACCACUAGGGACAGGGGGAAGCAUCACACUAAACAUGCCAAUGAAAGAGAAGAAAUCAAAAUCACUGAAGUAGUUCUUCUUCUUCUUCUUGAUUUCUAUGAGGUAUACAGUGCCUUCAGAAAGUAUUCAUACCCCUUGACUUAUUCCACAUUUUGUUGUGUUACAGCCUGAAUUCAAAAUGGAUUAAAUAUAUGUUUUUCUCACCCAUCUACACACAAUACCCCAUAAUGACAAAGUAAACACAUUUUUUUUAAACGUUUUUUGCUAUUUUAUUGAAAAUGAAACACAGAAAUAUCACAUUUACAUAAGUAUUUACACCCCUGAGAAAAUACAUGUUAGAAUCACCUUUGGCUGCAGUUACACCUGCAAGUCUUUCUGGGUAAGUCUCUAAGAGCUUUGCACACCUGGAUUGUACAAUAUUUUCCCAUUAUUAUUUUCAAAAUUCUUCAAGUUUUGUAAAAUUGGUUGUUGAUCAUUGCUAGACAACCAUUUUCAAGUCUUGACAUUAGAUUUUCAAGCAGAUUUAAGUCAAAACUGUAACUAGGACUCUCAGGAACAGUCAAUGUUGUCUUUGGAAGCAACUCCAGUGUAUAUUUGUCCUUGUGUUUUAGGUUAUUGUCCUGCUGAAAGGUGAAUUUGUCUCCCAGUGUCUUUUGGAAAGCAGACUAAAACUAUUUUUACUCUAGGAUUUUGCCUGUUACGUUUCUUUUUAUCCUAAAUAACUCCCUAGUACUUGCCAAUGACAAUCAUACUCAUAACACCAUGCAGCCACCCCUAUGCUUGAAAAUAUGAAGUGUGGUACUCAGUGAUGUGUUGGAUUUGCCCCAAACAUAACGUUUUGUAUUCAGGACAAAAAGUUCAUUUCUUUGCCACAUUUUUUGCAGUAUUACUCCAAUAUUUAGUGCCUUAUUGCAAACAGGAUGCAUGUUUUGGGAUAGUUUUAUUCUGUACAUGCUUCCUUCUUUUCACUCUGUCAAUUAGGUUAGUAUUGUGGAGUAACUACAAUGUUGUUGAUCCAUCCUCAGUUUUCUCCUAUCACAGCCAUUCAACUCUAACAGUUUUAAGGUCACCAUUGGCCUCAUGAUGAAAUCCCUGAGGGGUUUCCUUCCUCUCCGACAACUGAGUUAGGAAGGACGCCUGUAUCUUUGUAGUGAUUGGGAAUAUUGAUACACCAUCCAAAGUGUAAUUAAUAACUUCACCAUGCUCAAAUGGAUAUUCAAUGUAUUUAUUUUUUUACCCAUCUACCAAUAGGUGCCCUUCUUUAUGAGGCAUUGGAAAACCUCCCUGGUCUUUGUGGUUGAAUCUGUGGUUGAAAUGUGCUGCUCUACUGAAGGUUAAUUUUAUGUGUGGGGUACAGAGACGAGGUAGUCAUUCAAAAAUCAUGUUAAACACUAUAAUUGCACACAGAGUGAGUCCAUGCAACGUAUUAUGUGACUUGUUAAGCACAUUUUUACUCCUGGACUUAUUUAGGCUGGCCAUAACAAAGGGGUUGAAUACUUAUUGACUCAAGACAUUUCAGCUUUUCCUUUCUAAUAAAAAAAAUAAUUUUUUUUCUUUUAAGAAAUCCACUUUGACAUUAUGGGGUAUUGAGUGACACAAAAUCUAAAUGGAAUCGAUUUUAAAUUCAGGCUGUAACACAACAAAAUGUGGAAAAAGUCAAGGAGUGUGAAUACUUUCUACUUCCUGAAGGCACUGUAUGUCCUCUCUAUCAUAUAGUCAGCAGACAAAGCCAUUUGACACUGAGUAUGUUUACAUGCACAGGAAUAACUCGAUAUAAAAUUGAUUAUGACAGUAGGCAGGUUAUACAAUAGUCAUGCAAACACCUUACUCUGCUUAUCUUAAUUGUUGUAAAGUCAAAAUCAAAGUAAGCAUAUGAGGAUUAAAACAUCUGGUUGUCUGAGCAAUCUUUCAAAUUAUUAGACAUGUAAACAGCUUAAUCGGCGUUCCAGAGGUGUAUUUGAUCUGCUCAUGUGGCAGCACCAGCAGCACAAGCCUCCCUCUUAUGCGCGAGUGAAGUGAGUUCAGAAAAACUGAAAGUACGCAUCUUAGAAAUAGUUUUCACAUACAAAUGUUAAAUGUCCGAACUCAGAAUCAAAUAGGCUUCGCAAAAAUAACAUGGUCGCUGUGGUAGAACGUAUAUUUUUUGAUUGGUGAUUUUCUGCAUUUAUCAGAGUCCCAUCGGGUAGCCUGAUUUCAGAUGUGUCCAUGUAAACCAGAUUAUUAGGGAAAUCGUUCUUCUUGCAAAGCAUGUAAACGUUUUAGUCAAACUAUUACAUUAAUCUGACUAUCCACAAUAACCGUACUCACUGUUGUUGUCCUCCUUCCCCAGGUGCGGUGCCUGCAGCAGGCCAGCAGAAAGCUGCGUCCCCAGGAGCAGAACCUGAGACGCGUUCGGAGGACCAGCUCUCGACGCUCGGCCUAUGCCUUCUCCCACCAACAGGGCUAUGGAGAGCUCAUAACCUCAGGGAAGAACAUGAAGGUCUGUCAAAUAAACUAAUACAAAAUAAAAGUAUGUAGUGUAGUGCCAAAACGUCAGUUCUCCUCUCUCCAUUAUGGGAGAACCCUUUGAAUAACCCUUUUGGGUUUCAGAUAGAAUCCUUUUAAGUUCCAUGUAGAAUCCUCUGUGGAAAGGGUUCUACGUGGAACCCAAAAGGGUUCUUCAAAGGUUUCCCCCAUUGGGGACAGCGGAAUAAACAUUUUAGGUUCUAGAUAGAGUGUAAGCCUGUAUUUCAAGUGCGUAACUUGACUUUUAUUUUUCGAACAACAUUAAGGUCACCGCCAGCACCGCUGGCCCCUCCCCACCCCUGUCCCCAUCGUCCCCUGGUAGGGUCCACAACAGCAGAAGUUUGAUAGAGAGCACGUUGAAGAGGAAGGGGGAAACACCGGUAGCCUGUGUCUCUGCUGAGGCCUACGGAACCUCUGGAACCUCGGAAGGCAACACUAGAACUCAACAGACUCUAAUGGACUAA